AUGGUACAUUGUGUUCGUUUGUUUCUAGCGCUCAGUGUUCUUUUCUCGCUUUCAAGUGCCUGGUGGAGUCGAAGGAGACGAAGUUGUUCAGCCGUCAAUUGCAGAGUAAGCAGUUGGACAUCUUGGAGUACCUGCACUCGAACGUGCGGCAGUGGUUUAACCACUCGCACCAGGAGAAAAACAGUAACUGAGUCUUGCGGAGGAGGCUGUGCUUAUCAUCUAAAAGAAACGAAAACAUGCAACUCUAACUGUUGUCCGGUGAAUUGUCUAUACAGCUGGAGCUCUUGGGGCCCGUGUAUGGGGUGCGGAAUAUCGAGUCAUUCGCGCUCACCAAUCAUCACUAGAUACAGUUCGUGCAACGGUAGAUCUUGCCCCAAUAAGGAGACAAAAUCUUGUAACACUAACGUGUAAGUAUACAUUAUCUGAGUUUGUUAUCCUUGGCUGUUGAAAAAUAGUAGUUAACUGCAUUGCGUGAUUAGUGGGGCACAUUGUAGACGUUGCAUACACGAGUUAAUUUUUUUCAUUUCCAUAUACCUACUCGGCUAAGAAGCGUUUCCGCGUUGAGACUGGCUCGGCCGCGCAAUAACAAAAUGUGCAAUAACAAAUUCAAAGUACGCAAUGUAGAUUUUUACCGGUGUUAUUAUCUUAGGUGUUAUUAGGUGGUUUAGGUUACACUGAAGUACAACACUAACAGUCACUUUCACGUGUGUCCACGCGCGGCGCUCGUCUGCAGGGUCUAUUGCAGAAAUCGAAAAAGCUUUUCAGGCAAGCUUUUACGGGAUUUUAUUUGCUGCCUAUUCCAUGUAGAGAAUGUAACAUAGUUACUGCCAUAUGCAGUUUUUAAAGAAGAAUCUAAAAAAGGUGGAUUGUGUCACUAUGAAGUGCAUAAUUGUUUUGAGUGAAAACAGAGCACGUCAAGGACAUAGGUUAAAGAGCACCGAAAAAAGCACAUUUUUACAAAACUUGUGGCCGUGAGCGGAGAAGAUACAAACCGAGUUCGUUAGUGCCAAACAGGAGGGUUCGAAAUAAGGUUGAAGGAGCGUGCUUUUUUGCUUUUUCUGCCCGCAUGGAAAGCCUUUCAGCCCAACAGCUCUCACUGCGCUGGCGUGGAAAAGAGAAUUAUCUAUCUCUUGAUGCAUCAUUUGUGCUUUAUUGCACUCAGUAAUCAACUCUUACUGUCCUAUCGCACUUUCAAACUAUCGUAUGAAGAUUUAUAGUAUUGCCGAAUCAACGUUCCCAAUCCUUUAUGUCUAUUACGAACUUAGUCAACGUAAAGCAGACGACCGAAAAGAAACAAGUUUGUUUCCUUCUCAAUCCAUCGCGUAGAAUUGUAGCGCGUAUGCUGGCUAGAAUACUAAGUCAAAAACGUCAGCUAAACGAAGCGUAUGUGGGAGUGAAUCAGUAGCCUUGCAUCUCUUCAAAACCAUAGAUCAAUAGCCCACUUUUGAUAUAUUAAAAUUCUAACAUGACUCCGAGGCUUUAGGGUCAAAGUUGCAAAUUUUUCAAGACUCCAUCGUCUCGCAAUUCCCAAAAGAGCAAAAAGAAAGCCAAUUUUAUUUUAUUUUAUCGAACGUGGGCUAUUGGACCCCUUUGUGUCGUGCCUCUUUUAUUUUCGGACUAGGUUUUGUUGUUAACUUUGUUUGUUCAUUGAUUUCCCAACCAAUCCUAUGCGGUCUACCGAGAGCUGCAAAAGGUCGACUACAUGACACCGCACACUCAAAUAUAAGUCCUAACGGAGCGGUCAGGUAUUAUUUCAAAAGCUAGGGCCCAAAAAUUUUAGCCCCUCUCAGGUUAACAGGCCAAAAAUCCUACCCCCUCCAAAAAUGUGUGCUCAAAAAAUUGUAACCCUCCCCUUUAAUAACAUUUUGAGUAUUCAAAUGUUGCAUCUUGAGAAUCCAUAUGAGCGUAACUUUGAGACAAUUUUUUCAUUGGAAUAAAAAAGUGUUAGUAUUCACAAUAUUUACAAAACCCAUUUUUUCUUUUUGUUAGUUCAAUAACCACACCAGUAGUUCAAUGACCACACAUUAGUUCAUUGAGCGUGGACUACAUGUAGCUGCGGAAAAGAUAACCACAACUACGUUAGAUAUUUUUUAAUUAGAAUGUGUAGCAUUAAGUAAGUGAUACUGAACUACUCAUUUAGCAACGAUACAAGAACUAAAUUUACAAAUAGCUAUGGUACAUUGUUAUAAAGUUUUAGGACGUAAUAUAGACACAAUAUAGACAGGAACAUAGAUUGAUGUUACUUAAGAAGUUAUAGUAUGCUUAGAAGGUCUGUCAUUCUCAUCAGUGGCACAGUGAACAGACCUGGAAAGAGGGUAAGCGCUGAAAAGGGAAAGCUAGCUCGGUCCGGAGAAAAAUAAAAUACUAAGUAAAAUAAAAUACUAAAAUACUAAAAUACUAAAUAAACCGUCAGAGCGCGCGUUGAUAAAGCAGAAAAAGUAGCGGUUAGCGGUGGGUGAAACCUUGUUUUGACUCUCUUUCCGCACGUUUCAAACUACUGGUGUGGUUAUUGAACUAUCAAAAAGAAAACAAACGUAACUGGUAAAUAAAUAGUGAUGGCGGGCCAAUGAUGAUGAUGCCACUGAACAAUGUCAGAAGGAGGAAUCAGGAAGUGCCUUUGAUAAUCACUCGGGCACUGCAAUGGAAGCAUACGACAGUGUCAGUUCAGAUGACUCUGGCCCUUACUGGAACACAUUCAAAUGCGUUCCUUACUAUUAGCCUAUUGACUAAUCGUUACAUCUUCACUGUACAUUUGUUUACUGUACAUAUAGAAAACUAUGUUGCAUUUGUUGAAAAAGAAAACGUUCUGUUCCUGUUACUGUCUAAGACUGACUGAGUUUUGUAAAAGAAGGAUUAGUAUAAACUGUACCACUAUGAGUUAAAAAAACAAAUACAGAUCGAGGGGCAGUCAUAACAUGAAAAAACACGUUUUCAGUUAUAAUAACAUAUCAUCAACUAGCCGUGCACUUUUGAUCGCUGCUCGUUUUAAGAAGGGCUUUCAUGAAAUUAUCUGCCAUUCACAUGUAUUAUAAUACGUGAAAAUCACGUGUCGAUGACGUUGAUUAAACAACAAAGCCAAACUAAAACCGUGCGCUGUUUUCAAAGCCAUUUCAAAGUCAAGCAAACUGGAAGCGAUUCCGUGUGAAGUCACUGCUCAUCUCCAGCCAAUCAGAGUGCUUUUUAACCGUGUGAUUUAGCUUUGAAUAUACAAUUCUGUUAAUACUACUUGCACGGCCAUCGUAUUUCAAGCAGUGCUUAAUAUUUCACUAGCACAAAACCCUUUUAACAGUACGCGCACAUCGCCCAAAGGCGCAUAGAAAUUGUAACCCUCCCGUAAAUGCGGGCCCAGAAAAUUUUAGCCCUCCCUAAAUGAGCGCCCAAUAAAUCGCAGCCCUCCCCCACAAUUUACCAACCCUCCCCCCCCAAUAGUUAAUGACAGCUCCCUAAAGGCAGUAGACAUAUCUCACAGGCGAGAACAAACUUAAGUCUUGAGUAUUCAGCCUAUAACUCGCUAUUCCUUUUGUUUCAACUUCAGUUUAAUUCAACUUUAACUGAGGGGGCUAAGGGGGAUACGAAUACCGCAAAAUCGCACAGAUUAAAUAUAAACAACGCAAAGAAUGGCAAAAGAAAACCGCAAACCGCGUUGAAAUUAUCUCGAAAAUUUCUAAAUACCGCAAACUGCUUGGUUUUGUAAAACCGCAAAACCGCAACUUAAAAUAAAAAUUUCCGCACAACGCACCAAACAUCGAGCAAAACCGCAUCACCGCAAACCCUUACGCCCCCUCUUAACUUCAUUAUUACCUCCAUCACUUGGUAUAAUCACAUUCUUAAAGGAGCUGUGUUUCGAAAUUUACUCAAAACUCAGACGGUGGGUGGACCUGCUUCCAAAUGGAUGCGCAAACGAAUGGAGGAUUGAAACGGAUUGCAAAUCUGGUUUUUGGAUACUUGUAAGCCAGACAGUUUUUCCACGUCACUUUGUUGUUUGUAGCGUUUGUUAUGGUGUUUUGGGAGAGAUAUUUGUUUGAUACAAAGCGGUGAUUUUGUCAUUUACAAGUAAGUUGCUCACUAAUGUUAAAUUCCUUGGCGAAUAAAGCCGCAUUACUGGUAGUAUUAACCCCUUAAACUAGACAGCAAUUUCAUAGCCUCUUUUUACACUUGUUAUAAUACGCUUGACGAUAGUUUCCUUAUGAUGAUUUUGUGUCCUGACUGUAUCGAAACACGUUAGCAUUUUAGCCUUUAACUAGCUUCGGAAGUACUCAAAGGUCGUCGAAUAUCUUCGGAUACUUUCGGUAAUGUUCGGAAGUCUUCGGAAAAUCGUCGGAAAUCUUCUGGAGUCGGUCAUGACAAGACAAAAAUCUCACGCAAUUGUCUCAAAAAAAGUGGGCUGCUGUUCAACAGAAAUAUACAGCUCUCAGACACUAACAAUCAUAGACGCAUUAAGCCAGUCGAGACCAGAGUAUAUCUUUUCAUAUCGCUUGUGCAACAUAAUGUUGGAAAGUGACCCUUUCCGAUAAUUUGUCUUACUUAAUUAGACUUCGUCAGGGCAACUGACUGACGAAUAUAUUGGAUAAUGUGGGAUUAUUUGCCAUUGCCUUUUCCUGUUCUCUAGUCGUUUUAGCAAACUUACAGUCAUGAGCACGCUGAGUACCUUAGCUGUGUAUCUGGGAAUUUCUGUAAAAGAUUAGCAAUGGAAGAAAGGUAAAGAAAAAAAGGAGAGUUUUCCCCUUUAUUGAUUCCUAAAAUAAAUCCAAUGGCAAAAAAAUAGGGAAAAACACAAAUAUUUUCUGACUUCCGUGUUCAAACAACUAGCAGCAUUUGUCAACUUUUGACAUUUUUAGCCAUUAAGGAAGAAGACUUGUCCAUAAUGAAUGAUGUUAGCUGUCAUCCUUUGUCUCACUUUGACUGCUUCACAGCCAAUCAGAUGAUUAGGUCGACUGCACACGUGACAAAUUGUGUACUGGGAUGGGCGCCGGCUGUGAUUGGUGGACACUGUCUGAGAAGUGCUAUCUCCAGGUUUUUCAUGUAUGACUUUGUAGCAUCCACGCUUCAGAAAUGUCGAUUCCGCUAUCCCUGUUGAUGUUGUAUAAGAAUGCUGGAACAGUUGGGUGAAUAGCCUCUCUUCUCUCGAUGCAUUUGUGUGUAUAAGUAUUUUCUUUUCCUCGAGGUCAAGAGCCACCCUUUUUAAAUGAAGUGCAUGUAUAGAGUGUGCAUUGAUUGAUAGGGCGUGUCGUGCCACUGCAAAUCGUGGAUCUUGAUCAACCAAUUUGUCUUUUAUCUAAGUGGGUAGUUGUAGCUCUUUUAAAGAAGGCUAAGAUCUAAUGACGGGCGAGCCAAAUGCCAAGUUAUUGCGUCUUGAUUCUUCCUUGCAUUCAUUUCAUGGUUUCGCCUCUGCAAACUGCGCCACCCUUGCAAGAAACCAUAUAUACGUGAUGUUGUCGUGCUUUUUCGGUUCGACAGUGGUUAAUGCUGCGUACUAAAGGCUUAGAGUUCUGCAUUGUUCGUAAGGUAUUCAGCUCUUCAAAGCGAUCACGUUUGCCAGGUUGGAGUGAGGUGUAAUGUUAAAAGAAAGUUACCACCAGUUUGAUGUUCAGUUGUCAAACAUGCGGAACAGAUGUUGCUUAAUCUUAUAAGGCCAAUUAACAUAACCGGGAAGCCAGACGAUUUUUGACAUCGACCAACCAUGGUACAUUGUGCUUCUUGGUUGCUGGUGCUUGGAGCGAUUGUGGUUGUUUUUUCGACUUCAAACGCGUGGUUUUGGAGACGUAGAAGACGAAGUUGUUCAGCUGUCAGUUGCAGAGUUUCCAGCUGAUCGUCUUGGAGUUCUUGCAGUCGAACGUGCGGCAGUGGUGUAAAGACUCGUACGCGAACAAAAACAAGAUCUGCCUCUUGCGGAGGAACUUGUCCUUACGACUUCACAGAUACAAAAAGAUGCAACUCUAACUGUUGUCCGGUGAAUUGUGUAUACUCUUGGGGCUCUUGGAGCUCGUGUUCGGGAUGUGGAAUGUCGACCCAUUCGCGCUCACCAACCAUAUACAGAUACAGUCGGUGCAACGGAAACUCUUGUCCCUCUAGGCAGACUAGGUCUUGUAAUACUUAUGUGUAAAGUAUACAUUGCUUUAUUAGAUAGGCUGGGUCUGUUAGUGUUCUCAGCAUUUUUAAAUUGCGUUAUAUGGUGGAGAAGACAAUCUUGUUCUUGUGGCUGCUUCCGGGAAAUCUCAAGAUAACUAUUUUUACAGUCAAGGCAGGUCAUGCGUACCCCUCAAGAUUCUAUUAAUAAAUUGAUUAUUUGAAAAAAUGAAUCCGUUAGUCGUUCCCGUAACUGGUGUCAAAUUCAAGCGGCAUUUCCGCAUGCGUAAUGAGCAGUGAAUAUUUUACGAGAACUUCUCUUUAUUUGGUCAGAUUGAAAAUCUUUGAAUGGAUUAAGUUUCUUAGAAUACAUUUACAUCAAAUUCAGGGAAACGGAGCUGGUAGAAAUUUCAUAACUGCCUCGCAUCAUUUUGAGAGGCCUCCGCAUAAAAGCUUUCUCUGUAUUUGUGAAAAAAGUAUAACAUUUCCGGCAAUGGCAUCUAACUUUUUCUUUACGCGUUUUUGAAAGAGCCGUUUCUGAAGCAGCAAUGUGAAGGUGGCAACUUGCAAAAGUUCUGUCGAAGGUGCGGGGCGGCGAACGGAGUUUGCCCGGGGUGCCGCAGAGCGAUCUGUACACUCACUGUAUACGUUAUUACCGAAAGUGAAAAGCAAAAAAUACGCUAAUGGACUGUUUAGACGUUUUCCAACAGGUUUUUGGGAUCGGGGAUUUAGCUUAUAGUAAGGGUUCCGGCCGAAAUUUAGAGCACAGACCGGAAGAUACGUUCGGGAUUAAUUAUGAACGGCCGGGGUACGGAUUUUUAUGAUUUUGUGACGUGAGAUCGGGAAAAUGUUGUUUUAAAAAGAACCGGUCCGGUAACAAAAGCGAAAAUUCCUUUAUUUCAAUCAAAAAAUGCUGUCAUAAUUUCUCGGACCUUGUCAAGUGCAUAUAUUGACAGUGCCACCAUCUUCCGCUAGUGCUCCGAGAAUAAGGGAAGCGUAGAUGUCCGUUUGGAGUAAGCCCAAAGAAGACCGCCGACUGGUAUACGGGAUUAAGGAAGUUUGUUUUGUUUGGGGUAACGGGAUUAACUAAAACUCUUUGGGACCCUCUGUUUAUUUAAUGAAAUAGGUCUAUGCAAAAAGAGCAUUUGAUACUGCUGCCCUCCAAAUCUAGUGCUUAAUUUGGGACUCGCGGAUGAAGUUACGUUACUCGACUUCACAAAUGUUGCAGGUGCUUACCCAGCUAAAACACGCUGCCAUGGGUGUUUUGUGAUAAAAUCAGUGCUCUUCCAUUUACCCAAAAUAUUCUAGCAGAGCCUUUCACGGGAAGAGAUAAUGGGCGCUUUCCAUUUAGGAAAAAACCCCGGAAAUUUCGGUGGGAGCAAAAGUGGAAUUUCCGAUUGGUAAAAAGUUGUUCCAUUUGGUUCGUAAACCCCGGUACGUCGCGGUGCCCGACGGUGAACCUGGAACUGGUACAAACUACGAGAAACGGAAAUGGAACACAACAUUCCGUUCGGAAAUUCCAACCGGGAAAACGGGCCCACCUUUUUCGAUUUUCCACUUUUUCUGGGAAUUUUCCAGUGGGUCGAGCCGACGAAACGUGUUCCAUUUACCGCCGAACCGAAAAUUCCGGAAAUUUUGACUAAAUGGAAAGCGCCCAAUGACCUACUAUGAUUUCUAAUUUGCAUUUUUUCUGAGUGUUUUCAAGAAACUCGCCGAAGUAAAAAUGAUCUGUUAGAUCAAGCUUUUCUCAGUUGCAUCGGUACACUGAACGUUCUUUAAAACAUUUAGCUACAACCAGUUUUUGCAGAAAGCUGAACUUGGUUGACGACACGAUAUCGAUCAAACAGAAGCUAGUCAAAGCGGUGAUGUCAAUUUUAUUGAUCCAGCGGAAGAUUUUCUCGGUGAGGAAGUGAAAGAGUAGAACUUAUGAUCUCUUUGUAUGCCGCAACUUGUUCAAGUCCCUGCGAUAUUCUAUCCGGUCAGUCUUUUAAGUAACUGAAACGGAAGGUCAUAAAACGUGUACACAAGAAGUUCUCGUAUAGAAUUACGUUAAGUCUCAAGUCACGUUUGUACCGGCCGAGGAGUUUGACUGAAUGACCCACAGUAACGUUUUUCUCCAACUGAAAAACUGGAUAGUGUGACCGAUAUAACUGUGAGUGCGAGACCGACACGACCCUGAUAUUAUUAAAUUUUGGCCUCUAUUUGGUAAUCUGACGCAGGAGAAAUUGAUUUAUCCAUAUAUAAUUAGUAUUUAGUACUUGUUAGCUAUAACUUGUAGACCAGAUUUGACCUUUCAUAAGAUCUUUGAGUUCUUCCUUUAUUUUAGACUAGAACAAUACUGAUCCACUUGUCGGUAAUUAAAAGAUAUCUGUGAGUGGUAGAGCACCUGUUCCUCAUCCAUUCAAUGUAUUGAUGUCCUGUUUCCAACCUUCUCUUAAAAAGACCCCGCUAUAAUAUUUCACAGAUGGUAACAAACUUUAAUCUAGGAUGUUUUCUUUAACCCUUGCUGUUUCUUGGAAGCAGAUGAAUGUGUUUGGUCUUGGAUCUGCUUGGACUUGCAAAACUGAACACUUGAGAACGGCGACUGAAUUGUAAGAACGCAAUACGAGUUCCGUUAGUAAGAUCACGUAAUCACUCGUACAUUGACGAGUUAGAAAGUCCUUAUUACGCACUAAUGUUAAUGGUCAUUAUUAAGAAGCUCAGAUUUGUGGAAAGGCAACUCGUCAGUUUCGCAACAGUUUUACUAAAAUAAGCGAGCCCUCCGCUUCAUAAACAGUUUCCACGCUGAAGUCGUGAUUAACAUUGUUUUCUUUUAAUUGACAAAAACCGCAGAGAGUCACUUAUACCUAAACAUUCCACUACCAUUAAUCCUCGGAAAUUCAACGAUGACAUACUGACACGCUUGUUAAACGACUUUCGUAAACCCGUAACCACAUUGCUUUAUUUCUCGUCCAUAUUUGUAAAGAAAUAGACCAAAUAUUACAUCACCAUGAACAUGCUCCUUGAAUACUAUGGGCGAGCUGCAUAAAUCUCGCUAUGAUAACUUGUACUCUUUCAUACUAAGGUUUGGCUAGAUAGGUUUUGCCACAGCACGUUUGAAGUAGGUCACGAUAUUUUCAGUGGUUAUGCUUAGUCAGGUUUUUGUUACAAACUAGCAGUCUUUCAUUAAAAAAAAUCAGGGAAAAAUAAAUAAAUAUAAAUCGGAAAUACGUAAAUUGAAAAAGGCCACCAACAUAACAGAAAACUAUUUGAAUCCAGGCGUUGUAAAUCGUUACAAAUUGUGGUAAGCUUUGCAAAAAGUCGGGACACCCCGGUAGAUUUUGGUUGGCUUCUUUAUUACAUCCGUGUCCUUGAGAUAUUUGGUCAAAAUUUAUUUGAAGCCAGGGCAAGUGCUAAAUUAUUUAAAAUGCGGUCCUAAAUGCCCCAUGAACUCGCAAAUGAUUAUGACGAUAACUCGGAGAAACAAAAACACAGAAGUUCGCGACAUUUUGAUCUUGUAGGGAAUAGUCGGGAACUUUGCGCAAGGGAUCCAAGGGGUAUGAAUUACCUAUAGGCUGUUGAAUUGACCCCUGUCCCUAAUGUUGUCAGGAAGGGCACAAACGUUACUUUAAUUUUUGACCAUUCUGUAGAAAUUUGAUGAACUAUUCUUUGUAUUAUUAUGGAGUCCCCAUCACAACCAGAAACUUUAUUCAUUUAUGAUGUUGGUGAGCAAUCAACAAAAACUUUUUAACUUUUUUAACGAAAGUGCCUUUCAUUGUAAUAUAAUAAAUUGCAGUAAACAAUCAUUUCAAGGGGCUAACACAGACAGGAAAGGGAAGCCUUGUGAGCUUUUGUUGAAGGAAUUAGGAAAGGGAAAACUGUGUUACAGGAGAACCAGGCAUACAUCAGCAAUUUCGAAGCUCUCAUAAUAGCAUUACAGCUACGGUCGCCCAGCACAAAUGGUCCCGAUGUGGCAUGUGAUCUGUUCUCUAAAUUAACGUUAUCUUUUACAAGUUUAGAGCUCUAGCAGAGAAGUUACAGGAUGUCAGUGCAUACCCCCCCCCCCCCAAAAAAAAAAAAAAAAAAAAAAAAAACGUGACAUUCCUGUUUCACCAAACAGCGGAGUUAACAUUUUGCGUCAAAGUUUUGGAAAACGGAAACAAUACUUCACAUGAUUUAUUCAUCUUACCACAAUUUGACGGCAGUGAUACCUCAGUUUGCAAAAAAGCACGUGGUACAAACCAGUGUUGAGUAAUUCCAGCACGAUUUUGGUCGCCACUUUGACUUUUGCCAUCGCUUGAUACACUUCCCUCUCCUGUGCGCCAUGAGAAAAUAUUUUUGGGUAUGUCUUGUUGUUUUUGCGUCUUGGUCUUCGAUAAUUAACCUCCCGGGUUCAUGGGCUUGGAGGCGACGACGACGCCGAAGAUCGUGUCCGCGGCAAAAUUGCGUCUUGAAUUCUUGGUCAACGACAGGAACGUGUUCACGGGCGUGCGGAGGUGGGGUGGUGCUCCAACAACGGUCCAUUAGAACGUACCCUAGAUGCGGUGGAAGCGCUUGUCCGUCCCUUUACAGUACUCAGCGCAGACGGUACGUGUCUUGCAACACGCAGUGCUGUCGCGUUAACUGCUACUGGAUCUGGAACUCUUGGGGAAGGUGUUCCGCGACUUGCGGUUCAUCGGCGACGCAAACGCGAACGAUACGUAUUAUAAGAAACCCUAGUUGUGGAGGUACAUCGUGCCCAAGUAAAGGGAGUGAGAGUCGACGAUGUGCGCAAGGAAUGUAAGUGGAAAAGUUUUGUUACUUAAACUCAACUAAACGAGCUGAUAUUUGACUGUUAUUUGUGCUUUGGAACAAAAUAAUAUACUCUGCGAGAAACAGCAAUUUAAUGCUUGGGUGUUGAGAAUCACUAACUAGGCUGCAGUUAGGUAGAGUAUGUAGGCAAUGUUUUUUUGGCGAGAAAAUAUUCAUGUGCGAAUAACUUAAUUAAUGCUUGCGGUACCAAUUCAUUUCAAAAGUUAAACGGAGCUUUUCGAAAAACUGCUGCCUUAGCAGAUUCAGUAAUUAACAAAAGCGAUCUGAUGGGUCAUUUUGAGGAUAUUCCAAAGAAGAAUAUUGAGAAUUUGACUUUUUGGAUAAGACAUUGUCCAAAAGCACAUAUUUAUUUCAUUUUACAGUAAAUCUCAUACUUUGGUUUACAAACUAAACAAACUCCUUCAUGGAAACUUAAAACUUCUUCGGGUUUCAGUAACGCUCACUGUGCGGCCUGCACUUCUCUUGAUUGUGAACUAUGAGGAGGCAUUUUUGGGUGUGCCUCGUUUUUUUUGCUUCUUUGGCUGCACUAAUCGAUCUUCCGGGUUCGUGGGCUUGGCGGCGACGACACCAAAGAUGGUGUCCGCGGCAAAAUUGCGUCUUAAAUUCUUGGUCAACAACGGAAAGGUGUUCACGGACACGCGGAGGUGGGGUAGUGCUCCAACAAUGGUCCAUACGAACUUAUCCCAGAUGCAGUGGAACAGCCUGUCUGUCUUAACUACAGCACUCAACGCGGACGAUACGUGUCUUGUAACACACGUUGCUGUCCUGUUAACUGCUGGUGGGGCUGGACUUCUUGGGGCCCUUGCCUUGGCUGUGGUACAUCGACGCAAACUCGAACCAUGCGCUUUUUCCGAAGGCCUAAUUGCGGACGCCCGCUUGUCUACGCCGGCGGAGCGAGACUCGAACUUGUGCAACUGGAAUGUAAGUUGCAUAGAUCCUCUAAGUUAUUCCGGUUGAUUACGCGGCACUCCAGAACUCCUAACAUUCUGAACAAAUGGGACACUUAACCAUUUAGUGUUACUACGACAACCUAAUACUGAUCAGGUUGUUAAUGUUCAGCACAAAAAUGCAUACCCGCAUGAUGAAAAACAUAUAGACCUCAUAGAGUAGGCUUCUUUCUCUUUCUUAAACUUAAUGCGCUAUUCGUAAAAGGUGCGAAACCCGUAGCGCGGAUUUUCGUGUGUCGCGGAAUUAUGCAAGCGCGCGCGAGCCUCAUACACCGAGCGAAAGAAAAACGUUAUAAAAUACUUCUCUGCAUUUUACCCUCGGUUCAGACCUAAUACGUUUUGGUCGCUUUCUUCAUGACCAACCAGGUGAUAAAUGGAGUGCAGAGGAUUUCUGUUGCGAGGUUAGGGUCAAUAUGAUUUUAAAAGUAAACUCUUUGAUAAAAAAGCUAUUCCUCAAUCAGUACCUGGAAAAGGAAGUGGAACAGCGUUUUCCUUCCUUACCCGAGUCACCGCAGAGGACAUCCAUAUCCGUACACCUGAAAAGUGGUGUAUAUUGCAUCUAUCAAUCACACAAUGGUUUUAUACCAGAACAGAAAUGAUUACGAUAAUCAGCUGAUCUUAACAGGUCGUCGAUAAAUAACCACUCAGCUGUUUUGAAUGUUGUCCAGUUUCUGGUGCUGCUUAUCUCAGCUUAUAUACAAGGACAACGUAAAGUUAGCGGAAGAAUGUUAUGAAAAGGAGAAUGUGUUUUUGGUUUUCUUUUUCUUUAUUUGUUUUGUUUGGCCAUAGAUUUGACGGGGGUACUUAAAAUCAAGCACACCGAUUGACCAUUAUUAAAUUUCAUCCCGUAACCCGUUAAUUCAUUCGUAUACUCUCAAGUCUCAAGAGAUUUAACAAAUCUGUAUUUGCUUUUCCUUAUGUAUUUUUCUUGACAUCUUUAAUUAAUAUGGCUUAAAAAUGCUUGUUGAUGAUGUUUGUAGUUUGCCAUCUAAAAAAGAGCUGUAAAACCAAAACAAUAAAUCCUACAGACAAUUUAUUGCCGAAAAAGAACCUUUUACAUCAAGACAUCUGAGUAGACCUAACUAAACAGAUCUUUGGAUAAAGUUUCAUUGUUAUUGUCCAGUAUUCUUUUGCAACCUGCAACUAAGGUAAACUGCAAUAUAACUUCUCACUCGGUUUAAAAGUAAAGAUAACACCCCUUAUAUCUUAUUUCCUGCGAAAGUCCUUCUCCUAUCCAAGCAAUUCUACUUGUGAAGGAAAAUACAUAUUGAGACUUGAACUUUAAGGAGUUUUAUGUGAAAAAAUGUACCAUUAAUUAAGCAUCUCCGUAAUUAUCCCAGUAAUUUACCACGAGUAACAUAAACCGCAUAUUUACUAGAGUGUCGCGAGUCGGUUAAGACAUGACCUACCGAUUAUUUUCUAGUUGUAUUAUAUAUAUUCAGUUUUCCAUCCGGUACACUUGCAGAAUAUUGAAUUUUCAGCAAUGCUGGGCAAUCCAAAAGGUAACUUCGUUGCCCUUUUGAAUCAAACGUUUCUCAUAUUGCGAAAUGUUUUCCCUUGAAAUUUUACACGGAGUCAGCAAUUUAUUUAACCGCAAAAAUUUGACAGGCAGUAGCCAGUCUCGACAUGUACCCUCCAAUAGCGGUUUAAAAAGGGAACGAGAUGAAAAAGACUUAGUCAAUUAGUGCUGUUUGACCCGCCAGACCGAACGUUUGCUGUUGCGCUGUGCGCUUCUCUUGAUUUUGAACCAUGAGGAAGCAUUUUUGGCUAUGUCUUGUUGUUUUUGCUUUUUUGGCUGCUCUGAGCGACCUUCCUGGAUCGUGGGCUUGGCGGCGACGGCGACGACGCCGAAGAUGGUGUUCGCGGCAAGAUUGCGUCUUAAAUUAUUGGUCAACAACAGGAAGUUGUUCACGGUCAUGCGGAGGUGGGGUGGUGCUCCAACAACGGUCCAUUAGAACGAACCCCAGAUGCGGAGGAAGCGCUUGUCCGUCGCCUUACAGUACUCAGCGCAGGCGUUACGUGUCUUGCAACACGCAGUGCUGUCGCGUUAACUGCUACUGGAGCUGGAACUCUUGGGGAUCGUGUUCCGCGACUUGCGGUUCAUCGGCGACGCAAACGCGAACGAUACGUAUUAUAAGAAACCCUAGUUGUGGAGGUACAUCGUGCCCAAGUAAACGGAGUGAGAGUCGACGAUGUGCACAAGGAAUGUAAGUGGAAACUUUUUGUUGCUUAAAGGAGCUGAUAUUUGAAUUAAUGUUAUUUGUACUUUGGAGCAAAUAUACUCUGCGAGAAAUAGCAAUUUAGUGCUUUGGUGUUGAGAAUCACUAGGCUGCAGAAAGUAAGAGUAUGUAGGCAAUGUUUCUUUUGGCGCGAAAAUAUUCAUGUGCGAAUAACUUAAUCAAUGCUUGCGGUACCAAUUGAUUUCAAUAAUUAAACGGAGCUUUUCGAAAAACCUGCUGCAGCAGCAUAAUUCAGUAAUUGACAAAAGCGAUCUGAUGGGUCAUUUUGAUGAUAUCUCAGAGAAGAAUAUUGAGAAUCAAACUUUCUGGAUUAGGCAUCUUUUAAAAGCAUAUUUUAUUUCUUUUAGUAAAUCUCAUACUUUGCAUGGUUUACAAACUAAACAAACUCUUUCAGGGAAAAACAAAACUUCGUCGGGUGUUGGUAAUGCUCACUCUGUACGGGUACGUUAACACUUUAAGUUGCGGUAUAUCAUUUCAAAUUAGGUGAUUUCAAAAAAUCACUGGAGUUCUUUUUCUUCUCCGUUUCACUUUACAAGUCAUUGCUUAUUAACUGUUGGAAAACAAAAAAGUUGAAAGUCUCGCUUAUGCCACAUGUACCGUUCUUCAGAAACGAUUGUGUCUGUAGCAUUGUCGGCGCAUUCGCCACUUCCGAAAGACAUCUCAGAUGACAACUGAUUUUUGCAGGGCAUUGUACAUGGUUCUGGAUUUCUUUUAUGAGAUGUUUAUGUUACAAAAUAGAGGUCAGCGGACAUUUUUAGAGCGUAAGCUGAUAUAAACAAAAUACAGUGCACUGACAGUGUAGUCAGUAAAUAUAAAGAUCAACGGAGGAAUAUAUAGUGUUUUGCUCAAAAGAUUGUCCGCGGGCUUGGUAAAACUUGAAUGGUCCAUAUCAAUCCUUUUUUUCUGGAGUUUUAAGGCUUUAGAGAACGUGUAAAAUAUUUUCUUUCAUCUUAGUUAGCUUUUAACCAGCAAGUUUUGUUUUACGUUUUGUUUAAAUUAGCUUACAAAAGUCCCGAAAAGGUUUUACAUCAAGCAUUGUAUUCCAACUUUCAAUUUAUGUCAACACUUUUUAGAUGGAAUCCAUUAACUCGAUCUUUAAGACCUGUUCGUUCCGAUUCGUCUUCUUUACGCUCACGAGUGUUAUAUUAGACAUUCAAAUGCCGGCCUCUCGUGGCCUCUCGUGCCUGGUACUGACUCGUGCCAGUAGUUACCCAGAUUGUCAACUUGCCAAUAUAUCUAUAUCGCCCGAUAUAAAUACAUUAAAAUUUAUUGCUGACUAUCUACCAAACAGCACUGAAAUCAGUCAGAUUCCCCGCUUUUGAUUUGUACUGCGGUGCGCUUUCGUGCUCAUGGACCGGAGACCGGAGAGUGACUCGUGACUUAUAGAAGGCGCAAUUAGUUUGAUGAUAUGAGAUAUGAUGCCAUAAUCGUUUGCACUUGCAUUAAUCGCAUAAUGCACUGUUUAAAAUGUUAACCUUGCGUGGUUUUUUUUUUUCAUAGUUAAUAUCCUGAGAGUAUCAGGUGUUGUUUGCAAUGCGCAGUGCAGACAGGGAGAAUUCUUCGUUAAAAGAGCUAAGGCCAAAAAGUGUUCAAAAAUUGUUUCCAAAGAUAAGAAGCGACCGUUAAAACCAUUUUUCAAUCCGUGGUCAUCAGCGUUUAACUUGUCAAAAUUAAGUGUGUAGUUACCACCCAAUUGCAUUGGCAAGUAAAUCGUUAUCAUACGUGGUGUUCUACAGCGAAUGACCUUUGUUAACGUGCUAUAAUUUUGUAAUGGAACCCUUUCGUUGCGUCAUGAGUUUCAAAUAUUCACCCCUUUAGCAAUGGGGUUAAUCAGUGAGAGCGUAUAACAUGCAUGUACUAUUACUUCUGAAAGUCUUAGCCUGUCUCAGUUGUGUCUUGCGAAAUACGUGGUAAUAGGAUUAUUUAAUGUUUAAACGAAGGAGGCAUAUUUUUAGAAUUAUGAGUUUCCCCCAACAUGAAACGCUACUCACACUGACGUUUGAGUCUACUUUCAGUUACUUUCAUCACAUCAAAAAAUUACUCGGCAACUUUCAAUCAGGCGCUACCUGCCAUACAGGCGCAGAAAGACUCUGGAAACUAGGUCACACACGUGAAGUCACUCACCAAAAAUAAAACAGCUCGCGCAAGCGAAGGUAUCACGGAUAGCUUUUCUUUCCAAGACUGUUUCAGUGUCCGAUUUGUUUGGGUAGGGAAGGAAGCCUUGGUUCCCAGGCUAGUCGAGAUUCUUUGCGACUGGGAGAAACUGGGAACAACUGUAACAGCCAUGUGCUUGAUACCGUCUGUAAACCCUUCUUAGUUUUGAUUUGUUUUUUUUUUUUCUUGUAAGAAAAAAAAAUCGAUGGUUCUUUAAAUAUCUGGUGAAGCAGUGGCUGACUUUGUGUAAGAUGCCAUUCAGUUUUGAGUAAAGCUUCUUUUUUUCUUAUAAGACACAUGGUCGGUACAGUGGAACCUCGAUACAAAGAACCUCUAAACAAUGAAGUCCUCGGGUAUAACGAACGAUUUUCUUUACUCCAGUAAUAGUAAAAUAUAUGAAAAAGAGCCACGAUAUAACGAAACGUCGUUAUAAAAAUUUUGCCAGUCCCUUGUGCCCUUCGUUGUGUCGAGGUUUCACUUUAUUGUGUUACGAUAGGCAAGAUUUAUCUUGACUGCUUUUUCCGAGGCAGCAGCAUGUUGUUUAGGAGCGCAGAGUCUCUUCCUGUUAAUGUUAUUUCCAAUUUUAUAUCAGCUUGCGCAAUAUUUUCGUCGCAAAUAGUAGCUUGUGAGGUGGUUGUUCUCAGGAUGAUCAAGGGUUCCCCUUUGAGGAAGCCGCUGUUUUUAAGCGUCGUUUGAUAAGAAGAGCGAGAUGAAAUGUGUGUCCAGGAAGGUUUCCGAUGGCUUAUAAUGUGUCUUUUUUAUCAAGAAUAUAUCUUUCCUUGAAUCUGUUCAGCUUUUGAAUAUAUACACAGUCCCAGCCUUUGAAUAUAUACACAGUGUCUUAGUGUCAGAUAUCUCGGCCGUGACUUUAUCGCGGUGACGAGAGUAUAAAAAUCUUCGGAGGCCUGGUUUACUUGUGGCCCAUUAGGAAAAUGUAGCGUUUUAAGACUGUUGGCUGAAGGCAGUUUGCUCAGUUAGAAUUUGUGUUUUAUGUCCGUCGUGAAAAUGCCCAUCGCGCAGAAUGCAGGGCAUCAUUAAUUAUUCAUAAUCAGCGAAGCGGCAAAUUUGAAUGCUGGCUGGCUAAGAAAAGCUCACAAUAAGAAAAGAAUGGGCUCAAAUUAGACAGGUUGCGCUGAUAAAACUUGCUUUCCCGCUUUUCAAAAGCGAAAUCCUAAAAACCUACGCGCAGCUUUUUGGAGAUGAAUGAUGUACCUGCAAAUUGAGCCUAAAAUGAAGAAGAUUGAAUAAGAGUAAGCAUUAUCCCUUUGAACUUGAAAAUACAGUAAAAACGGGAUUUUUUUAGUAUGGAGUCCAUUUUCGAAAGAAAAUUUCUAAAAAUUUACAUUGCGUUUUAUAAACCUACGCGCGGCAAAUGAAGGAUGGACCUUUUCUCGAACAGAAUCCGCUUUAAUUUUGAAAAUCGGUUGAGUAGAGCCACUAUCCCUUUCACGUUGAAAACGUCUGGUAGGAGUUGUGUUCGAAAAUGGCGUGUCUCGAGCAAGCGAGCUAUUGUCUCAAGCCCAAGAGUGUUAGCAAAGGAAACCAGCAUCUACGCUCUCAUCACCGUUCCUUGGAUUUACUUCAAGUGCUUCCCAUUGAUUAGUCCACGUUCGAUAUAUUUAAACUCUAAAAGGACUCUGAGCCAAUUUCGAGCCUUGAUACGGACAAAAUUGCAAUUUUUUCAAGAAUCCAUUGUAUCUCAAUUCCCGGAAGAGACUUAAGUGCUCAGUGACAAGGGAAACCAAACCAAAUACAGAAUAUGACCAGAAAGCCUCAGAGUCAUGUUAGAAUUUUAAUAUAUUGAUUGUAGGCUAUUGGAAAGAACGAACCAUUUCCAGAAGAGACACUGGGGAGGAGACUGGGAACGGCCACGAGUUUAUCAGUACACUGUCAAGUGCCACCCUCGAAAAAUAAAGUUGAUUAUUAUUAUUACUAUUAUUAUUGUUAUUAUUAUUAUUAUUAUUAUUAUUAUUUUUAUAUAUUUUUAUAAAUAAUCCAAUCUCAAGCAGCAUUUGUAAAUUGCCUAUACGUAGCGAGAUUUACAAUUGUACAUUCAAAAACACAAAUAAAGUUUCCAUUAUUAGACUCCAGACUUCUUCGGCACACUUUAAGAAACUGUACAGUAGGAAGACCCUGAUUUCAUUAGCCUGUUCCAGGCUCUCAGAUAGUGGCUAGGCUCGAUUUCCGCCGUCUCGCGGGUCCGGUCCUUGAUCCUCCCCGAAACCCUUUCGGGGGGAUGAGUGCGGGCUCAUUUUCCCGAACAGCGGCUAGUAAUCGAGCCUAAUAUUGGCCAGACAAGCGCAUAAGUCACAAGAUUGAUAAGGUUCCAAAGAUGGCCAUGGUUUUAUAACUCGUAUUUUUUAAAAUGCUAACUUGCUUUUCAUCAUCAAAUAAUCCUACUGCUACAUUUUUCGCAAGUAAUAAUGCUGAAGAGAUUUGUAAAGUAAAAAUGCGUUUGCGCUAGUAAGAAAUACAGAUUUGAAAGUCAUAACGAAGCAAAUGGAUUCGAAUACAACACAGCGCGUCAACAGGCCGGGGUCACUAACUAGCUAGAUGUAUGAAAGGGUAGGACAAUAUGACAUUUAGCUUCAAAGGGCCCACCCGGGGAUUGCCUACGCGUGAACAAUUUAUUUUAAACGUUGCCAAUGUGAAGACUUUCGGGAGUCACAAAGUUCUUUGAUUAUUCUCGCACUUCCAGUUCUUACUGUACGACGGCUUCACAAUUCGCUUGCGUUCAGUCUUUUUUUUUGCCAAUGCUUUGUCGCACGUGUAUGAAGUUUUUUUAUUCGUUUUCCGAGAAAGGGGAAGCAGGCGGACGAGCAAAGUCGAAAGAAAAGUGAAAUUCCUACGAGGACUUUGGUCCUAAUGUUCAAGCAAGCUAGGACAUGUUCUCAGUUUUUUGACAUGACGAUGCGUCAUACUCCCGGGCAUUUGUUGGUUUAUGCUUCCGGGGUUUGGAAAUGUGUUGUGCAAUCAAUUUUAGCCGGUUAUUCACCAAACAGUGUUUGGUAUAAAACCAUUUUUUUUAAUUCUAAAAAUGAAAAAUGAAAGACUAUAGCUUAAUUAAAAGCAUAUUUUAGUGAGACGGUCGAUCUUAACAAAACAUCACCAAUUUCCCGCAAAUUAGUUGAUCGAUAUCCCAUAUUGCUGUAAACCUUUUCACGUGGCAUGGUUUAUGGUUUAUAUGGUCUGACGUUUUAUUGUGUCUUUGAUAUCUGAAGGGGGCUUAUAUUCAAUCGUUCUAAAGAAAUUAAAAGAACAAAGGGUGAUGAGAGAUCUUUUUAACUCAACAUGGAGGGAGCGAAAAGGUCGAAAAAGGGAUAAGUUAGUUUUCAGUCAAUCAGCAUGCUAUUUUAAAAGUACGUAUGUUUUGCACCGCCAGUAAAUUCUGAUUCAUUGAUUUUUUUAUGUGGGCUUUCUUAAAAUGCGACAUGAUCAUCGUGGUCGAACUGUUUCCUUACGAAAUUUGAGGACAGCUUCUUGCACGCGUAUCUGUCCAACACAAACUGUCACAAAACAAUUCAUUCUGUUCUAAGUAAUAACCACUUUAAAAGCAUAUUUAUAUCCAAGAUAGAAUUACAACAACUUAAGGAUAGUUGUGACACUCUCUAGCACAACACUCAGCAAAAUGCGGCUUGAUACGUUCUUUGUAUUAGUUCUUUUUGCAAGUUUUUUUCUUUGCUCUGUCGAUUCGUGGCGCCGUAGACGCCGUAGGCGCUGUUAUCGUAAUUGUACGCCGGGAGGUUGGAGUUCAUGGACCACCUGCACAAGAGGUUGUGGCACAGGUACACAAUAUCGCACGAGAGGCAUCGCUGUACCCGCUCUCUGCGGAGGUACCUGCAAUGUUGCUUUGAAAGAAACAAGGUACUGCAACACACACUGUUGCCGCGUUAAUUGUGCGUGGAACUGGAAUGCUUGGAGCCCGUGCACGGGAUGUGGAAUGUCCCAACAAACGCGCACAAUGCGUAUCACUCGUUAUCCAAGUUGUGGAGGAACAGCAUGUCCGAGCCAACGAAGUCAGACGCGAAGUUGUAAUACAGGGGUGUAAGUUAAAAAAAAAGCGUUAAAGUAGUUGGUUUUUAAAUGGAGAUAUUCUUCGUUUGUAAAUUUGAGUGCUUAUUCAUCUACUUCUUUUGUGCUUUCAACUGUAUGUCUGAAGAUCGUAAGCGUUACGUCAGCUAUUUACAUAAAUGUACAAAGUACAGGCUUUGUGGCUACCAAAACAAUGUUUAUUUAUUUAUUUUUUUUUUUGUUGCUUUUUCUUUUUUUGGCAAAAUGUUUCCUUCUUUUAACUCCACUUCAAUCUCCAGUGUCUGAUCCUCUUCUAGGAUUUUUGUUGCUCUACGUGUUGUCCACCUCUCCACCUUUCAUGGAUGGAGUCGGGGGAUAAAGCGAGGGCAGCCUUGGUAAGCUAUGUUUUACAUAUUUCCCAAGCUGUGCUCGCGUAGAAAGGACCUUGGUCUCAGUGGUUUCUCUCUUUAGCUUUACACUAACUGGAGGCCCGCAGAGACCACAAAGUCGACACCUUGUCCAGUAUUACAGUCUUUCACGAACAGAGAAGACAACCUUUCGGGCGUUAGUGGUACAGAACUUGACCUUUUGGCAAAACGGGUAUUUUGUGCCCUCCUGGUGAGAAAAGAUUAUUCUUUACCACUGGGGUUUAAAAUAAGAAAUGGACAAUUGCUUAGUUGCAAUUUCUAGAAAUUGGACAAGGAAAAUGAAACUCAAGCUUUCCAAAUCAGAUCAUAAGAUGUCACUAAAGUAACAAAAGCUAUGAGGCCUCAAUCCCCUGCGGACUAACGCUUUCAUUACAGUAGCUCUUGGUAUAUACUUAUAAUCACUUAUGUUUAUUCACUUAAGUGGAAAACGUUUAGUAAUUUGUUUACAACACCGCAUUGUUGCGAAACAGGAAUAUUUUCACGUACCUCAUUGCUAUUCGGCGUAUUUAGUCACGUUUGCUUACUCAUAGCUUUGCGAAACUGGGUAUUUUUUUAAUGCGACGAGUGUAACAACAACAGCAGUAGUGUUGUUCAUAAUAAUAAUAAUAAUAAUAAUGAUAAUAAUAAUAAUAGUAAUAGUAAUGAAAAUGAUAAUAGAAAUAGUGAUAAUGAUAACGAUACCAAAUAAUGACAAUGAUAAGAAAAAUCAUGAUGAUACCCCGCAAAGAAAGAGAAAAACGGGGAAAAAAAUACCAGGAUUUUGCGAAGAAAUACACAAUGUACUAUUUAGGCUUUGAGGUGCAAAGGCAAAAUUGCUGAGGUACCAUGCCAGUCGUCGUGAAAGCUCUACGUAGUUGUUUAAUGGUAACUUGCAGAAAAUAAGAAUUCGAAAUAUUUCAGAGCUUCUUGGAACCUCCAUUUUGAGAAAGGUGCUUGAGGUCCAAGGUCUCGGCAGAGUUAGACUGAAUCCUUUGCAGAAUGCCCGGUUGUGUAGAUGGAGAUAAUAAUAAUAGUAACAAUACUGGGUAGGGCGCAAAUUUCGAUGGAGCUAGUCGGGUCCGCGAAAUUUAGAAAGCGCGAACCCGAAAAUAAAACGGGAGGAACUGACUUCGCGUGCCUUACACUUGCGCGUCAUCCCUACUAUCUGAGAGCUCAUUCUAAUCCGGCGCUUGUGGCGAUAGUAAAGAUGUUAAGUGUCGAUUUUAUUUAUAAUAGAAACUAGUUACAAGUCAAUAUUCCAUCUUCUCACCCAUUUGUUGGUGAUCAGUGCGCCACGCGCCUUCUAUGCGGCCACAACAACACGUGAUCAAUUUUAUCACGAAAGUUUAUAUCUUUGAAAAAAUAAUGAACAUUUAAGAGAAUGAAAUUGGUUUCUUGGCUUAUAUUAUCCUGCGGAAAUCAAUGUAAAUGGGUUGACUGUGACCCCGUUGCGUCAUGCGCUAGUUUUGCGUCUGAAAAAAAGAGUUUUCUCGUGCGUGUAUGCGAUGUCGUAAUACCGUUGCGUUCAUUGUGAACAAGAAGACAUGGGUCAUAAAGGUCAUCCUACGGGCCAGGGGGUUUGUUUUGAAAUUUAAUAUGUGACGCUAAAUUCCUACUAUUUUACACGUACUGUACAAAUACCGCGAUCUCUGAAGAACGAUACCAAAUUGUAGGAGUUUUAUAAGUAGAUGAUAAGUCUGUCUCUACUGGAACUAAAAAAUUAAACCGCGCUCUAACUAAGAUGCAAGCUCAACGUUUCGUAAAUUACUAUUGAAGUACUAGUAAAGCUGAAUUAUUGCAAGUAAAUGGUUCUGGCUUUAUUUCUACCUAUUUAUAGUCUCUGUCACACAAAAAGCUAAUAAAACCGUUUCACACUUUUUUUCCGAUUACAAUCAAGUCUGAUACAGAGAAGGUUAUUUGCUAUAAUUACACUCUACAUCAAUGGAAUUGGCUCCACCGGUAAAACCUCACUUAUCUUUGUAAUGCUCUCAAUCAUCAAAUAUAGCCCAAAGUUUUUAAAGAAGAGCUCAAGAAAUUCUUUGUGAAUCCUGAUAUAACUUCUUUUUAAAGAAGAGCAUAUUUUACCUCACCGCGUCGUAUAAAAGACGCCUAUGGCCGUACAUCAUUUGGACCCCACAGAUAAAUACAGUAUAAGUAUCAGAAAGACAAACAAAGACACAAUUAAGUUUUUCGGCUCUGCUAGAUGUUAGUUUAUUUUUUUUCAGUAGAGUACCUGCUUAGUGGCUUAACCAAUUUAUAUCGAGACUUGAGUGAUUUGGAAGGUAAAAGACAGGUUCAAACUCAAAGAAGGAGACUGAUUUCCGUCGACGACUGAUUUCACACGAAAAUUAGACGAAAACCCUCAUCGGAUUACCGAGGCUUACCUAUUAAUUUUUUUUUAUUAUUAUUUUCAGCACUUUUUCCUAGCUUUUUGUUUCUAAUUUUGUUGCUCUUUUUUCCUAAAUUGUCAGAUGCUGCCCGGUGAAUUGUGUUGUCAGUUCGUGGUCUAGUUGGGGAUCUUGCAACGCGCGUUGCGAAAGUAAUGGUCAACAAAGGCGCAGCCGCCGGGUAACAACUGCGGCUUCCUGCAGAGGUACUCCCUGUCCAACACUGACACAAACAAAGUCUUGCCGAGGGCCCUGUUGUCGAAGAGAUUGUCAGGUACAGUUUAAUAUAGUUCGCAGGUGAUAAAUUAGUUCAUUUAAGUUCAUUCUAAGUCAUCCAAUGUUAAAUAUAAACUUGCGCUGAAUUACCCCCAAUUCAGCACAAAUAACAUCCAUUGUCCAAAUACCUCAUCAAGGAAGUCGAACUCUGUAACGCACGUUGCGGGACCCAGAAAUAGUGUCUCCUUCCCUGAAAAGAGGUGUCCCAAAGGAGUGGUUCAACUGUAUUGCUUUUAUAUAUAUAUAUAUAACUUUACAGAAGUUCAGGUUUCAAAGCAAUGAUUACUCGUGAAGCCUGAACUUCUGUGAAGUUAUAGCUGAUGUUCCUCAAUCAAUUGAGUCGAGCGCGCUACGAAAUACGUUCUACUCAAAAAACGAAUUUAUAUACGUAUAUAUAUUUUUUCAUUCAGGUUAGCAGUUGGUCAGCUUGGGGCUCAUGUUCUGCACCUCCAGGCAGGUGCAGCACGAACAGUGGUACAAGAACAAGAACAAGAAGGGUGACUUUAUCUCCCAGCUGUGGAGGAUCAUCGUGCCCUACAUUAAGCGACACAUCUAGAUGUACACCUGUUCCAAUCCCUUGCAAGGUUAUUCUCAUUAUUUUUUUUUUCCUGUUUUUUCAAAUUUGCUGCUUGUUUGUCAAGUGUUUUUUGUACAUUUAUCGUUCUUUAAAAUGGAUUGUCAUCUUCAAAACCAUCACUAGGGAGCUUUAGCAACGACUACAGGUCAUCAAAAACUUUUGAAGUGAAUUCGCGUUUCGGACGGUUAACCAAAAAGUUUACUGCACGAUUAAAAUUGUUGUUGUGCUUUUUAAACUAGUUGCUUUUUUGGCGUUCUCUUUGUCGUCGCCGCCGUAGUUGCUAAAGCACCCUAAUGUCGACGAAAACGAGAAUCACUCAACAGUAUCAGUAGGAGCAUCAGCCUCAGCUGACAGUCACUAUCACCACUAUCAUCAACUUCAUUAUCACCAUAAACAGAAAUAGUCUAUAAUCGUUAAGAUCGCACAAAAAAAUCAGUGCAACCAAGCACUUUCAGAUGUAAUUCUGUCUCAGCGUUGGAUUGCUAUGAAUUUUGCCAGUUGUUUGGUUUCUCAAUAAAAUUGUCAAAUUCGUAAAUUCACAUCGCCAUCAACUUAAAGUAAAAAUAUUGCGAAUGUAAUUACCCAUUUUCACUGGCUAAGUCAAAGCCUUCUUGAAUUCCCUCUCCCGGAAGUAUCCGACCAUAUAGUCUUCAUUACAUAACGUGCUAUGAUUUAUAAUUCAUUAUUUAGAUGAAUGCGUGGGGCUCGUGGAGUGCGUGUUCCCCAAACAAUGGCAAAUGCGGAGCUGGUACUCAGUAUCAGACACGUACAGUAGCUACCCAGCCAUAUUGCAGUCCCGCGUGUCCCGCCACGCGACAGACACGCUCGUGUACUCACAGUUGCUGCCCGAGGGACUGCGCUGUGUCGUCUUGGGGUUCGUGGAGUGCGUGCUCUAACACAUGUGGAACAGGUGAGUCAUACGAGGUCUUUUUUAUACUGAUAUCUCUUGAUCAUGAAUGAAGACCUCUAUUUAGACAUUACCGUCGCCUGCGAAUAGACCUUUCCCUAUGGGUUCAGGAGAGAUAAAUGGGGCAGAAAGAAAACUGCUGAAAGGGAGCUCUUUCGCUAUAUCCCUUACCAUUGAGUCUGUUAAUUCACACGCUAAAAUUACAGCCAUGACCUGUAUGAAGUAGUUUCCCUCCGGGAUGGCCAACUGGCAGCUUUAUUCAGGCUUAACCAACUAAACAGAAAUCAAGAAAGGGAGAUAGUGGCAAGGAGAAGUAUCCGUAGAAAACACAAUAUACUUCAAAGAUUUUUCUAUCUCUUGUUGUGGCAAAAAAAGAGACUAGAUUUUCGAGCUUUAAAGGGUAUCACACACAAAUCUGUUUAGUGCGAUGUUAUUGUACCUCUUUGACAAAGUGACCGUUGUAGGUGACGACAAGGACAAAAGAAUUCGAUGCGGGGAAAGUGUGAAGAGUUUGUUUGUCGAGAACCAAUAAAUGAGCCUUUGUUCACAUUUUAUUUUUAUUUUUUAUUUUAUUUUAUUAUUUUAUUUUUAUUUCAAAAAGUACAUAAAGUAAUAAAAUAAAAUAAUAAGAAACCAAAAAAGGUAAAUAAAUGAAUUAAUAAUAAAUUGAAAAAUUAAAAAAUGAUAAGAAACAACACACCAGGGGAAAAACAAAAACAAUGGUUCAGUUAAGAAUUGUAAGAAAACGUAGACAAAAAUACGAAAUUAGUGAAUGGUAUGUAUAAAGAUGAACUGAGAGUGCCGAUUCAAAGCCUUCACGCUGGGCUGAUCUAAAAUCGAACAGGGUAAAGUCUCCCAUUCAAUUAAGGUUCUAGUAAAGAAAUUGAAUUUGUGCUGCUGUGUGACUACCAAUGUUUAUAGAACGAUUUUGAUGAAAAAAAAAACCUUUUUGACCACUGAUAAAAAUAGAAUGAACAGCGUAUGUGCAAAUUUACGUUUGGUCGAAGGUACUGGAUAAUUUCCUGUUUUUGACUUUUCUAUUUCAGUUACUUCAGUUUUAGCAACUAUCGGCAUGUCUGAACAGCAACAAGUUAUUAUAACUACAAACAUAAAGAUUUUAUCAGUUCUUAAUGCUUCGCAGGUACAAAGACAAGAACACGGCGCAUUACUGUUCAACAAUAUUGUAAUGGAAGAGCUUGUCCAACCUUGAAAGACACAACAAGGUGUUCGCAGUACAACAACCGCGAUUGCGUCAUGUCUUCGUGGUCAUCCUGGUCAAUUUGUAGCAAUGGCUGCGGAAGCGGACAGUCCACCCGAACUCGCCGAAUAACAUCGCCAGCGGUAUGCCGCGGGAAGGCAUGCGGAGCUAGAUCCGAGAGCAGGCCGUGCACAGAUUACCGUGAGAAUAGAGAUUGCGUGGUACGUUUUAAAACUGUUUUUACGUAUUGAAAUAUUGUCUACCAAUAACUUUGAACUCUGGUUGAAAAUUAGUCUCGACCACCCUGUCAGCAAAGCCUUACUUUAAUUUCACUUGCUCUAUUUUGGCGUAACCGUCGAGAGAGACCCUGCAUGAAUCGAGGUAAGAUCCUUGUUGAGCAUGCGCGGCAUGUUGCUAAGAUAUAGUUUCGGACCCAGGCUUAAAAACCGUGCGCUUGCUACAGCGGGCUCGUUUAUGACCAUCGGUUUAUCAAUAAACGGAUGCUCGCACUCGAUAAAACCAGUCUGACGCGGAAAAACAAGAUUGACUAGUCCAGAAGUUCAGGCUGCGGCGACUUCAAAGACUUGACGUGAUUCAGACAGUGCCACCUUUUCUCCUUAUCACUCAAGAAGACAAAGAAAGCCUCUGCUCGCAGGGUGGGUCCGGUUGACAUUCUCUAAACGUUCAUUGAGAUUUGAGAUAUGUUGAGUUCAUACCGCGUGAAACGAAUACAAGACCACGUAGAUCAGUCUCUUAAAUUCACUGCGAUUGUGCUAGAUCGUGUUGAAAAAGUAACUCUUCUCAGUACCUCACAACGCAGUACUGAGAGGGGUUCAGAUUAAACCAUCGCCGGGCUCUCAACGUUGUUUUUGUUUUGUUUUGUUUUUUACUUUCAGGUUAAUUCUUGGGGUUCAUGGGGAGUUUGCAGCGAAAAAUGCGCUGUUGGGACAAAACAGCGAACGCGGACAGUUAAGAUUUCUAAAAGGUGCCGCGGUAGAGACUGCCCGGCACUUAGGGUAAGAAUUUAUUGUCCUAUUUCUUGAGUUUACACUUACUGCUGUAAACUUUGAGGUUGCACUGGUGUAAACUUGUUUGUUGAUGUUGAUGUUGUUGUUUUACUUAAAAAAAAUUCGUCGACAACUUCUUUGAGCAAGAAAAGCAUCGACUCAUAAUAAGUCCUUUUUUACGCGUGGAGAAGUUUUAUCUCGAUAUUUUUCCAUCAAACAGUGGCUGUCAAUUGACUUAUGUCGGCACUGUCGACCUGAGCGAGUGCUGACAGAUGGUCUUCAGAGCAUUGCUCUAACUAAGAUACACAUGAGACCACUACUCAAAAACAAAGAAGCUUCGUUCAGGACCUUUUUUCCCCUCCUUUCAAACGCAAAAUAAGCCGGUGCUUCGUCGUAUUCAAGUUCAGUGAAAAACAAACAAGAAGAAAAGCAACGAACAAAAUACUUUCACACGCCGGUCCGUUCCCCUUAGAGUGUGUCGUCAAUCUUAAUUUCAUCCCAACGUAACUAGGGGCCUGUUUCUCGAAAGGCCCGGAAACUUUUCGCGCCUGAAGGCAAAUUUUGAAAUCAAAACCAGUUGAAUAGUAGCACAGUUACUAGCUCACAAACCAGUGAAUUUGCUUCGUUAACUGAUAGAUUCAUUGUAUUAUUUUCAGAAUUAUUUAAACUUUAAUCUUGAAUGCAAACACGGCCAACAUAAAACAACUUUCCGGGCCCGAAAAGAUAUCGGGACUUCUGAGAAACGGCCCCCUGAACAAUUGUUUUUCCCUCGUUUCUGAACCUAUUUGCUCUUCACAUUAAUUAAACAUUUUGACAUGGUUGUCGUAUUCAUGUAUUUUUUUGUGUGUUUAAGGAAACAUCACAAUGUGGAACUCGAAACAAUGGAUGCCAACAUAAAUGCACCAAUGGCGUGUGCUCCUGUUAUUCGGGAUACUAUCUGGCCUCAAAUAAGAAGAAUUGUAUCGCCAAGGAUUGUAAUAUGCCAAAGCCAUCAUAUUGUGCACCAGGUCAGUAACCAUAAAACAGAAAUAUUAAAUGACGUAAACAGACAAACAAACAAAAACAACAACAGUAACCUUAGAAUUAUAUGAAAGAAGAUCAUGGCAAUUAUAGCUGACGCAACUUUUGCAGUUGCGAAAAGAAAGCUUUCUUAUCGCAACUGCAAAAGUUGCGUCUAUAAGUGCGAUGAUCUUCUUUCAUAUAAUUCUUUACCCUGCAGUUCUCAUAUAUGAUUUUCACAUCUUCAUAACUUCAGUAACCUUAGAGUAAUCUUAUUCAGAUCAAUGAGAAGGGUAUUUAUCUAUCAUGGACCAAAAAAUGUUUUUAGUGAUAUCAGAACCAGCGAAUUAGUUUAUCAAUUGUUAAAGCGUCAACGUAGUUGGAAACCCUAAAAUGAAAACUCGUUUGUGUAAAGCAAAGACCAUUUUAUCAUUUGAAAGAAAAUGCUGGGCUUUUUCUUCACGACUUUUUUGUGACUGAAUUUCAGUAUGGAUGUAUUCUCUCGGACUCUUUGUUAUCUGCAAGAUAUUUCAGAUGGUUUAGAUGUUUUGUGGUAAGGCCCUAAUUCUCAAUCCACUCGGAUUUUUUUUAUUUUGGUAAAUAGAGAAUGGCCCAUAAGAUCAGGGGCAGCCAAUGACUGUUUUCUGGGAAUAUCUGUUCGGAGCUCUCUAGUAAGAUGACUUUUUGUUAUGCAAAACAUGGUGAUUCUAACUUUUGAUUUUGGGAAUGAUCCAACAAACACAUCUUAAGGCCGCAGCCAAAGUAGCACCUGUUUUUGUAGGUCUUAUUUCUUUCAUUAAUAUGCCCUUAAAUUCUAUCUUCUCAUUUGUUAUACGGUACAGACCUAACGUGAAGACAUUUUCAGGUACUUCACUUGGCAGCACGUGCAAGCAUGCCAAUGUCACGUGCCCGGGAGGUAAGACCACGUAUCCUGUCACAUGUUCCUUGGGAUGUCCUCAAUACUAUUCCAUAAAAGGAGCGUCCACAGUCACGUGUCAGACAUCAGGACAAUGGACGUCGUAUGCGUCUUCAUACUGUCGACGGAACAACGAUCCGCCAUCACAGGUAACCUUUUGUAAGAACCCUUGUUUCAAGUCAACUGGUAAUAGCCAUUACUGCUCUUUUCAUAAACACGUGAAUUCUGAAGUUCAAAAGCCAACUGAUGUUUACUUUUUUCGCUGCUGUCAAUCAUAUUAGCAGACCUCUUAGGAAACAGAAGUUUUCUCCAACGGGUUCAAAUGAUCAUGGUUUGUGAUUGGCGGAUUUUGAUCCAUUUUGUGUGUUUCCCUGUUUCAAGGUUUGUUGCUCGUGAUCAUAAUUAUGAUUGACGGCAGCUUAAAACGCAUUUGUGAUAGCUGCUUUUGAACUUCAGAGUUUGCAUGUUUUUGAAAAGUGCACUAAUUCGUUGCCAAGCAUCUGAAGGUGUGAUUAUUUGCCUAAACACAGCAGAUUACGUAAUUAACUUUAACAAUUUAUUGCUAAAAGUAAAAAGCUCUUCAUUUUAAGUUUGAUAUAGCUAAUAAUAACCGUCAUCAUCAUAAACAACAAAAAUAAUGUUUUUUUCAAUUUUUGAAUUCAAUGAAAUGAGUCUGUUACGACAGCGUUUUGCACUUGAGGUUAAAAAACUUCCGACAAUUUUAAUAGUUGGUUGUGAUCUACCUUUAGGCAGGCGAGAUUCCAGUUAGGAAAGCCAAGGCUUGUGUUUAAAUGUGGCUUUCAUCAGCGCGUUCCUUUUUCCUUAGAUUACCUUGUCUGGCGCAGCCAGUGUUCCAGAAAACCAACCACGUGGGACUAAAAUUGGCACGUUCUCCACCGUGGAUCCUAACAUUAAAGACAAGCACACCUACAGCAUCGUAAGCGGAGGGAGCGGAAAAUUUGAGCUUCGAGGAGCAGAUCUGUUCACACUGACCACGUUUAAUUAUGAAACAUCUCCAAACAGGUGAGUGUGAACGCAUGUUCAUUAUGCCCUUAUUCACUACUCAGUUUUACCCUUUGUGGUUAUUCCUUCUUGGGCUGAAAAUUUCUGUUUGUGUUACGCUGCAGGUUUUUGCUCGUAUUAAGGAGCAGCGUGUGAACGCUUGGCCAUUGUGCCUUUGUUCACUGCUGGGUUUUACCCUUUGUGGUCAUUCUUGUUUGGACUGAAAAAUUCUGUUGGUGUUACGCUGUAGAUUUUCACUCGCAAGAAGGAGCACAGUGUGGACGCUUUCCAUUGUGCCUUCAUUCACUGCUCUAUAGAACUGAGUUUUACCCUUUAUGGUUAUUCCUCCUUGGGCUGAAAAUUUCUGUUUGUGUUACGCGGUAGGUUUUCACUCGUAAUAAGAAGCACAGACAACGGCAGUCCGCCAAUGAGGUUGGAAAAAAUAUUUACAAUCUCGGUGACAGAUGUGAAUGAAAAGCCUACGGCGAUCCAGGUAAGCAGAGUGUAGCUCGUAAAAUUAAUGAUCUGUAAGAAAAUUAUCAUAAUGAAAAUUCCAUUGAUCCUUCUGGCAGGACAAGAGAGAAAAAAUAAUAACUCAAACAACAAACUUUCGUUACGAGCUGUAUUGUUUGGUUCUGUCGUUUCUUUUGUUUUUACCUAAUCUGUGCUCCCGUGCCUGCCGACAGUUAAUGUAUGAAGUGUAGAGCAUUUACGUUAAGAGCUAUAUUGUAUAGAUCUGAUGUCACACUCUCCUUGAGCCCCUUAGCUUACGCAUUGUUAUUAACUGAUAAGGUUGAGCGAUAGGGCCUAAAUAUUUCGAACUCUUAGAGAGUGCAACGGAAAGAGUCCAAAUGUUUGAGAUUUGUUUUAAACCCAGAGCCAGGGAGACGAAUUCACUUUGAAUCCAGUAAAGUCGCUUAUGGCACGAGCAAAUCGAAGAUUGGCGUAAUGUCUCAUUACCCUUCAUUGUUGUUUGUCCCAGGCCUAACACGCGCUCAAGGACCUUGAAACCGCCUCACCUCUCGCUUGUGUUUAAAGCUAUCAUAAAUUCCGAGAGAAAAGACAUCUAUGUAAUUCACGGAUAGCGGGUGAGUAGGGUUGAUUGGAAACGGUAUGGGACAGAGGAUAUGAUCGGAAUCACCAAACCACUAUUUUACCAAAAACGAGAAAAAGCUUUAGACUGAGUUACAGAGAGAGGAGCAAAGACAGCCUAUGUUAACCAAUGCGUUCGUUGAGCCAAUUAAUUAAAUGCUUUUUGGUUCAUGCUCAUCACUACUUCUCUUGUAGUUAUCAAGUAAUACUGUUGAUGAAAAUAGUGACGUGGACACAGAAGUGGGCGCGCUAAGCACCGCUGACCCAGAUAACAGGCAGUCAUACAGCUACACAUUGCUAGAUGGCGCUGAUGGAAGGUUUAAGAUUCAAGGAAAUCGUGUUAAGGUAUAGUGGUAUUUCUCAACUCAAUCAAACCACACUAAAAUAAAACGAUACAGUACUUAAAGGAGGCGAGAAAGAAUGGGCAAGUCAUAAAUUUUUGUAAGCAAGUGAUUGGCUCCUGAAAGCUUCAUCUCUAAAAUAGUGUUUCAUUCCAAGCGUCUCAAAAGAGCCAAUGUGUUUUUGUCCGUUGUCACUUUAUUUCUCCUUAUAAAAAGUUACCCAGGUAGGCGAAGCCUGCUAGAGUUUAUUGUGUAUUCCAUUUUCAAUAAUCAUGAAAAUUUCCCCUUUUUAUUUAAGGUUGCCAAGUCAAACAGAAAUUGCUUGUUAAAUGGUGGUUCCCAUUGCUUUCUCAAUUUCGAGAGCCUGUCUUCUUACUCUAUAAGAGUACGCAGUGUUGACAGCGGUUCUCCCUCGCAAUCUAUUAACGCCUCAUUUAACAUCUUGUUGAAUGACGUUAACGAUCAACCACGUGGUCUGAAAUUGUCCAAUUACAAGGUGAAAGAAAACGCGCCAAUCAACUUCAAGAUCGGCAAUCUAUCCGCUAGCGACGAGGACAAAGGACAAAAGCUAAAUUUCUCACUGGUUGACGACGAUGCCGGUAGAUUUGUUUUGGACAGCGAGGGGGUUCUUUACAAGGCAAAGUCAACAGACUAUGAGACGAGCAAAGUGCACCACAUCGUGGCUAAAGUCACUGAUGACGGAAAGCCAUCAUUAUCGGUAGGUAAACAGGCAUCCCACCAUUAUUGUGCACAUAGAAUUAGCCUCAUGUAAAACCAACAGUGCGUCUCUUUAGAAGAAACCAACACUAAAUUAAAGUAUCGAUCUCAAAUUGUUUGUAUUCGUUAACACGUGAUAACUGGCAACUGAGUGCUUCAAGUAGAAAUUGAAGAGUUGGAGGUUUUAACCAAAUAAUUCUUACCUCCCAUUCCCCCCUUUCGUAUCCUUCCCACCCCCAUGCACCACUGAAACACACACGCGCCCUGCUUUACAGUGUGGUUAAAUGGAAUAAUAUUGUAAAACAAGCCUUUCUUGCUAUUUCGCAGAUGACGAAGUUAUUUGCUAUCAGCGUGUUGGACGUCAAUGAGGCCCCAGUCUCCAUCGUCCUCUCCUCGAGUAACGUAAAGGAAAAUUCGAAGCCUGGAACUCUUGUUGGAACUUUAAUUGCUACAGACACUGAUGCUGUGCAAAACCUAACCUUUAAACUAGAUGAUGACGCAGGAGGCAAGUUUUCCUUGCAAUCCAACUCUUCUUGCCAGAGUAUUAGUCCCAAUGGAACUCGCUGCACAACAGAAUUACUUGUCAGCGGCAAUAUAAACUACGAAGAUACCUCAAGCCUGGACGUAAUCGUUCGCGUGACCGAUUACAAAGGUCUUUUUCGCACAGAGAUGUUUAACGUGACAGUAAUUGAUGUGAAUGAUCCGCCAACAAAUGUCACGCUGGAUGGAAGUGUAUCUGCUUUAAUUCCUGAGAACAGCAAAGGCGUUCAAGUGGACAGUCUUAUAACAGAAGACGAGGAUCAGGGUCAAAACUUCACUUACGUCUUAAUUAACAACCCAGGGGGAAAUUUUCAAGUAAAAGGGGACAAACUGUUUACUUCUAUAGGCGCCAAACUUGAUUAUGAAUCAUCUACGAGUCACCAAAUCACAGUGAAAUCGACUGAUGACGGUAACCCACCUCUUUCUGUGCAGGUGUCAUUAGUUAUUAAUCUCCAAGACGUAAACGAAAAGCCAACCAAUAUAACCUUGUCUAACCGAAGCGUUCAGGAAAAUAAACCAGCCGGAACGCUAAUUGGUCAGUUGACAGUCAGCGACCCUGACAGACAGCAAAGUCACGUGUGCAGUUUGACCGAUUCAGCCAAUGGGAAGGUAGCGUUAAGUAAUAACCAACUGACCGUUGGAAGUGCAGGCGUCAAUUAUGAAGAUGCAAGUUCGUUGAGUGUUAAAGUCCUGUGUCGUGAUCCCGGUGGCCUUGCUGUGGAGGAUACGUUUGUGAUUCUUGUUCAAGACGUCAACGAGGCUCCGACAAGUAUUUCACUAUCAAACGACAAGAUUCAAGAAAACCAGAAAGGAGGUACUGUAGUCGCACAGAUCACAGUCACGGAUCCAGAUAACGAGAAAAACCGGGUUCAAUCGUUUACGCUCUCAAUCUCUUCCUCCAACCCAAAUCUACCAUUUCAGAUCCAAAAUAACAGCCUUGUUACCAAACGCCCACUUGAUUAUGAGAACAGCGCUCAGUGGCUUGUGAGAGUGACUGCAAAGGAUGACGGGAUACCUUCGCUCUCUAGAACUCAGGCAUUUACGAUCCAAGUCAUUGACGUAAAUGAUGCUCCAAAUGGAAUGGUGGUAAGAUAUUUUCUCGGUACAUUUGUUUUUUAUCCAAACAAGUUAUGAACCUGUGUUAAGCGCCCAACCUCCAUUAAGGGGCCACUCGCUGUUACUCCGAGUGUGGCCGCUUAAUGGAGCUUAAACUGUAUUAGCAAAUAGAAAGAAAAAUUUUGCAUUCAUUCUAAGGAGUAAUAUCCUGUGGCGCAGGGUCUCAUUAACAAAAUUUCGUUGGGCCCCGGUUUUAUGGAGAAAGGUGGUCUUGGGAAAGAAAGUCACCCUCCCAGCCGAGUCAACAUUGGCGAUCGUUAUGAGAAAAACCUGACCCCUUUGCCUGCUGACUUGGGCGGUAAUUACCGUAUUUAUUCGAAUAAGCGCCCAGCCUCGAAUUAGCGCCCACCUCGAAUAAGCGCCCAUCCUAAAGGCAGAAAAAGUUAAUAAGCGCCCAGCCUCGAAUAAGCGCCCACCCCCUCCUCCUCCCAAUCAAACUCAAAUAAGCGCUCACCCCCACCCCACCCACUUGAGUGAAUAAAUGCUAAUAAGACACUUCUCCGAGGACGGAGUUUUCUUCAGAGUAUUAUACAGAAACCUUACUUUGUUACUUCUUCGCGUUUUGUUAUUAGCAUUUAUUGUUUUGUUGCGAAAUAAACAUACUUCACUUGCUGAAAAUAGUGAAAAUUUAAUAAGCGCCCAGCCUCGAAUAAGCGCCCAUUCUCAAGGUCCAAAAAUUUAAUAAGCGCCCAGGGCGGUUAAUCGAAUAAAUACGGUACUAACAGGGAUCUUCUCUCUGUGUUGAUUUAGCUUUCAAGUUCUGAUGUAAAUGAAAACAGCGAUGAGAACACUUUGGUUGGCUCAUUAACCGCAGUGGAUCAAGACACUUCACAGAAUCAUACUUUCCAACUGAUGAACAGCGCUUCGGGAAGAUUUAAAGUUGAUGGAAAUGAAAUUAAGGUAAAAUUUCUCUAAAGUGAAAAAUAUUAUGCUGUAUUCCAAUAUGAGAAGCUGCUCCUUACUUUCAGCACAAGACAACCUAUAUAACUCAGCACGUACUUUUCUUUUAAAAAGAUAAAUUUAAUUGGUUAACAGUACCCUUACGUCGUAUCGCCGGCUGGGUUGAAAGCAAUCCCAUCUCAUGCCAUUCUAUCCCUUGUUAUGUCACGUCCUAUUCAUUUAUCUAUCCAUUCAUUCAUCUGUCCGUUAGUUCGUCUGUUCGCUGGUUUGUUCAUUUGUCCGUUUCUCAGACGGUUUGAAGUUGAUCGCUUGCACGCAUCUCCCUCAAGUUCUAAGUGAGCUACCUCCUCAAAGAGUCUGACUGUCAAGCUAAGGCACUAUGAAGCACAAUGAAGUCAUCACCAAUCUAGUAUUCUUACAACAAUAAAGUAAAGAAGUGUUGUGUUCAGAAGUGUUCACUACCACACAAGCUAAACCAAGCACACUGGGACAGAAUGUUUCAUCAGUUUACCGAUACUUCGAAAUUGCUUCGAAAUUCAGUAGACUGUGCCUCGUUUUUAAACCUCCCGCUCUUGGCGAGGAAACACUCUUUCUUGUGUGUGGUAUAAUCCUUCAAAUAUUCUGCCUUUUAUUACUCAGGUGGCUAUUUCCAACAAACAAUGUUUGAUUCAAGGAGGUUCGUCAUGCCUGCUAAAUUACGAGAAGAAAAGGAGCCACAUUAUCAGAGUUAAGACUACAGACAAUGGUAGCCCACAACUGUCCUACGAAGAAAACUUUAGAAUUGACGUGCAAGAUAUCAAUGACAUGCCACGUGACUUGCAGCUCUCCAAUAGCCAAGUAAAGGAGGAUGCGAAGAUAAAUACCUUGAUUGGCAGGUGAGUAUCACGUGACAGAAUUCUAACAUAUUGUUUUAUUCAAAAUCUUUUGGCUUAUGUUUGUGGCAAUCAAAAAUAAUUUUUCUUACUUCUAGUUCAUAGAUUAUGGUAACAACCAAGUUUUUGUCUCUCUGUAAGUCGAGUUAUUGUAACCUCCGCCCAGUUAGCUCAGUUAGAAGAGCGCGGACCUCCUCAGCGGAUUGUCGCUGGUUUCAUCAAGCUAUCUAGCAGGUCAUGCUGGCUGUGAAUAAUACCUUGCCUCAGUUCUGAUGAUUAGUCAUUGGCAAUGUUGUCAUACGAUUGGCCUUACCCCUUUCAACCCUUCUUAUCAGUGCGAUUUGUCGGAGGAAGACACCGACAAUAGUGACCUUUAGAUUCUAAGACAAGUUCGACUAUGACAACAAAUGAAUAUCAAGUAUUGCGCGCGCGUGAACCAGCGUCAUUUUCGCGUGAAAACGUCAUAACCGUCGUCAUUCUACUACGUUUAGCGAAAAUGUCGCAGUCGGAAACAAGUUAUCAACGUUACAAGAGUUAUAAUCUUACGGAGAGAGGGAGAGGGCGUAACUUCCUUCAAUAAAGAUAACCGUAUUUAUUUUUUCUGGUGAAAAAAAGAAACAUGGAGUUUUUGGGAUGUCAAACUUUAAGUCAUAUCACGUCUUCGAAUCUAAAGGCCUCUGAUGCUGAGAGAGUUGGGGUAGUAAACCCUGGUAUGGUGAUCUGUCUUUGCCACUUAGGUUGGGCGAAGACUUCUACGGGCGCCUACUAAUUCGUUCCACUCUAUUGCGGUUACCAUGUCAACAAUUAACACGGCAAAUAGAAUAAAACAGAUAUGAACAAUUAAAGCAACCAAAUCCUUUCCAGUUGCCCCGUUUAUGAAACUUCAAGUUCCAGUUGUAAAGAAACCUGGCCAUGCAUGAAGCUACUAUUUACAAUUAAAUCAUUUGACAUUUUUCGUUCCUUGUGACUAGGUUAUCAUCACGUGACGAAGAUGCCAGCCAAUCAGCAACAUACUCACUGACCAAUGAUGACAGUGGGCGCUUCAAGGUUGACUCUCAGGGGAGACUGUACACUGCGAAGAAUAUCAAUCAUGAAACCCAGAAGAGACAUGUCAUCAGAGCAAUGGUAACGGAUAAUGGAAACCCGCCUAUGAAAGUGAGUCUUCCAGUAAUAGCUAUUAUCAUUUUUGAUUGGUGUCAAGGUCAUUAUGUCAUUGCAGAUAACUGCCUAUGGAUAAUAAUCUGCUCACGCACAAUAGAGAAAAAAGUUUUGAUGCUGGCAAUGCGCUGCACAUUGGCAGUUUUUUUUUUUUUGGCAAUCUCGUUCCCAGGGUCUAUGGGAACAAGGUUGUGUAAAAUCAUUGAACUCAGUUCGCAUUUAAAAUCAUUUUUUAAAUUGACUGCUAUACUUAAUGAAAAGAAUGGGGAAAUUUCUGAAAAGACACCCUCCAAGAGGAGUGUCGCCUUUCAAAAUAGAACGGUAUAUACCUGUAUACCUCGAGAUAGACCAUCUUCUUCAAAUUUUGAAGUUAUUAUCAAAGUGAAGGUCUGACUAACAUCUUUCAUGUAAACAAAAAAUGACUGAAAAAGAGGGAGUGAUUUUUUUUGCUAGUCAGAUGCAGUCAACCGAGACACUUCGCAGGAAGUAAUUUUACGAAUAUCAUGCACUGAAUGGCUCAGUUAUCUGAAAAGGUGUGUACUCCUAUGUGGGAUUCCAUCCAAAGCGAGAAAUUUUCCUUCGCAUGUAAUUUUUCACUAAACGGGGACAUUUUAGAUGGUUGCAACUCAAAGAAAGUUUGUUUCAUUUUCCUCAAUUUCGGAGAAAAGUUAGUUUCAUACUAAGUAUGUUCACUGUACCUCCGGGUGAACGUAGUCCUCAAUAGGACUGUUGUUGACAGUGACUGACGUUUCGACAACCUGUGCGAUAGUCACCUUCAGAGUCAGAGUGAGUUUUUUCACUACGUCAGUUGAUGGUAUUAAACUCUGGUUAUUGACCUGAUUUGUUGGAGCUUGUUUUUGAUCAAAUCUUUACUGUGCAAGCCCCACUUUUUCACAUCUAUGCCGGUGGGAAAUUUAAAUUGGGAGCACGAGCGAACUGGCAGUCCAUCGCCAAUAUCCCAGGGGAGAAUACAAAGUGUACAACAGAUCUUCUGUUAAAUGGUUCUCUAGAUUAUGAGGUUUCUGCUGAGUACUCUCUGAUGGUGCGCUUGACGGAUAACCACGUUCGUAGAUCAAAAUGAUGCUCCUGAAAAUAUAACGCUGCGUGGAAGUAACGCUUUGUCUGUUAAUGAAAACGCCAACGGUGCUUUUGUUGGAGAACUGAUGACUAGUGACCAAGAUGUCGGCCAAACGCAUAUUUACGAGCUGUUGAACAGUGCUGGGGUUAAAUUUAUGAUCUUAAACAACAAGUCUCAUCUUCGGCUAAUUUGGGUUAUGAAGCUCAAAGUCAGUUCACGGUUAGGAUUCAGUCUGAAGACAAUGGUAGGCUCCCUCUUAGUUUGGCAAAAGAUUUCGAGAUCACUAUCAUCGACGUCAACAAAGCUCCAGUGAACAUCACUCUUUCGCCUGUGAACAAAGCUGAAAACAGCGCACCUGGAACAGUGAUUGGUCAGCUUAAUGUCACCGAUCCGGAUAACUACGGUUCACGUGGCGCAUGGCAAUCGCACAACUGUCAAGUUAUUGGAAAUCAGGUCAGGAAAUUUACAGUUCAAACCAAUUCACUGGUAGUGGGUAACGCCAAUUUAGAUUACGAAGAGGCUUCAUUGAUGCUUGUGCAAGUAAGAUGCUCCGAUAGCGGCUCUCCGCCAUUGUCACCGGUGAAGGUUCUAUCCAUUACAGUUGAUGACGUCAAUGAGGCUCCUACCGGGAUAUCAUUGUCAAGUGACGCCAUAGCGGAAAAUCAGUCUCCGAUGCUGAUAGGCAGGACUAGUUUAGGUUUUAAAAUAAUACGUGUAUCAAAAUCAUUGCGACCUUAAUCCCUUGUUACUCUUCAGUAAAACACAUUAGUAUCGAAAAUUCCAGGUUCCAUGAAUCUGACAAUAACUCACGCUAACUCACGCUCACACUAACUUCAUUAGUUUCAUACUGGGCUGGGGACAAAAAGUAAGUUCAAAUGGUGUGAAGAUCUUUCCAAUACCUUUGCAUCUAUGUGAAUAAACCGAGAUUAAAAACGAGAUUUAAAAAAAGUCUUAACCGAGGGGUCUGGGAUUAAAUAGAGCCACUAACCACAAAACACUGUUAGCACCUCAUUAUUUUUCUCAAUAAUUUGGCAUUUACUUCAGAAGAGUCUUACAGGAUUUACGGUCAAGUUGAUAGAUAUUGAUAUAUCCACAGUUUUGAGUGUGCACGCCCCAGUGUUGUCGCAGGAAACAACAUCGAUCGAGAUGAGACCGCACGCUUAAAGGGCGGAAUUCCACUGUCAUUUAAUUCAGUUGACACUCAGUAGGUUCCACUCUUUUAGUUUCCAAUUUAUAAACAAUGUGUUGGAUUUCUUGUAACGCUGUUAAACAUUUCAGGACAUCAUAAGUAUAUGAUUAAUACGUAAUUUACUCCGUCAUUCCUCGAUAUCAUUCCUAAAUGGUAGUGUUUUUCCGAAUACUUCUUUUUUAUGUGUUUCAAUUUUCCCAACCAAGUGACAAACAGACAGACAUUUACUUACACACUCAUAAGGAACACCGCUGGUCUUCCAUUUUUAAUCGAUGAUGACGAGUUGAAUUCGAUGAGAAGUUUGGAUUUUGAAGUCCAGUCCUCUUUGAACGUCACGGUCAGAUCAACUGACAGCGGCAGCCCGGCACUCAGUUUUUAAAAAAAAUUCUUUCCAGAUAUCCAUUGUUGGUAAGUUAAAGGUUGCAGUGACUACUUCGCGGUUAGCGGAUAACUCCUUCAAAGCUUUGACUAAAGCUGUGUCAAGAUAAGUCUGUGAAAGCUCUAUGGUAACGACAAAAUGAUUUACAGAAGUCAUACAACCUUCUCUUGGAAUAUUAAAGCACUGAAACACCGCUGAAAGGUUAAUUUAUGCAAAGAAGCCACUUGCAAAAAAUGCGGGACUCAACAUUCUUGAAGAAGGGAAGGUGUUCAUGCAGAGGGAAAAUAAACAUAAAUUGUUUGAGAAAGAGGGACAUGAAUACAAUCCUGAGCUUUCACCUAGUGUUUGAACAAAAUAUCUGCGAGUAAACAUGGCAAUCAAAGGGAAAUGAGGUCACGCUUUAAAGAAUAACUUGUAUUCAGCAAAAUAACUUUGGGAAUGACUACACAGGCCUUUCUGCAUUAGUCCAGUUUCGAAUUCUUCGUGGCCGCUGUAUUAAAGCGCCAAAGACUCAUUCGUACGGGGUUAGCUUUGAACUUGAGUAAAAUAUUCACAAAUACCAGCUAGAAGGUGCCUCAAUUUGAGUUUAAAACAAUAGACAUAGUUGUACACGGGUCUUCCUCUGACUGAAUUUGUGAUUAUAUUUACCUUAGGUCGAGGCUAACCCUUUCAGAUGGUUGAGCCAAACAGUGCUUGGUAUUCGUGAAUUUCGCGAGAACUUCAUCUCGGUUGACUGCAUACACACGAGGAACGACAAUGAUAAAAAUCAGCUUCUCCUUUCGAUAAAAAAAAACGUAAACUUUUUUGUUAUUAUUAACUCACGGCUCUUUCUCAUCCCUUUUCUUAAAUGAAAGACCAAUGCAAGACAUACUUCAUUUGCAUUGUUCCUAUUUUUCUUAGCUACACUCAUCUUAAUCAUCACUGGAUCUUUAAACUUGGUUUGAUCCAAAAGUCACGAUCUGAAGAAAAUGUUUUGUCUCGAGGUAUAUAUAUGAUAUCUGCAAGUAAUAACUGGUUGAAAAAUUCCAAUGGCAUCCAGGGUAUCUUCUAAAAAUCAAAACACUUGCAAAUGAGUGCUCUUUAGUUUUGGAAUAAAAGUUUAAAAUUUCUGCUUUUGAUAUCCUUCGGAAAACAAGCGUUCUUCGGGCAAAGACCGAGAAACAAGUGAUCCAAACGCUUUUAUUUAAGAGUUAUAUACCUAACAUUCCGUUGAGUAACUAACCUUCACACAAGCUGAGGAAAAUCAAAACAAAGGAAAGUUUUAAGAGAGGUCAGCUUGUGUUGAAAAUAUUACUUAUGUGAAUUAACUCUUUUCUGUAACUCAUGAACCUGGUGAAAUUUAAUGUAACUUUUGGGAUAAACUAUUUUGGGGGAUGUAUGUUUGUGUCUGAGAGGAGGAGGGCUGGAGUGGGGUAGAAGCUGGUUGCAGUCAAGCCACUCAAUUCCCCCGGCGGCUCAGGACCAUAAUCACUGAUAUCUAUAACCACUCUUCUUUUGAGUGGUUAUUCUUCAUCCGCUGUAUAUUUCCUAGAGGUGCUUUAACAUAUUUUUACAUUGCUCGUCUAUUUUAGAUGGAAAAAUCCUUCACGAUCGAAGUUUUGGAUGUCAACGAGGCUCCAAUCAGCAUCAACAUCACUUCCCAAGGAGGUCAGCUGUCUUUCCCGGAUGGACAUGCUCAGAUUCGUGAGAACUCCGCCUCCGGAACGAAGAUCGGAACACUGGAGGCUUUUGAUUACGACGCAGGGCAAAAUUUGACUUUCAAUCUCGACGAUGAUGCCGGUGGGAAAUUUAAAUUAGCAUCACGUGCGAACUGUCAGUCCAUCACCAACAACCCAGGGGUGAAUACAAAGUGUACAACAGAUCUUCUGUUAAAUGGUUCUCUAGAUUAUGAGGUUUCUACUGAGUACUCGCUGAUGGUGCGCGUGACGGAUAACAACGGCACUUUCAUGAUUCAGCGAUUAAAGAUCACAGUCGUAGAUCAAAAUGAUGCUCCUGAAAAUGUCACGCUAGGUGGAAGUAACGCUGCGUCUGUUAAUGAAAACUCCAACGGUAAUUAUGUUGGAACAUUGGUGACUAGUGACCAAGACGUUAACCAAACGCAUACUUACAAGCUGUUGGACAGUGCUGGGGGUAAAUUUGUGAUCUUAGCAAUCUGGCUGUACGUCUCACCUUCGGCUAAUUUAAAUUAUGAAGCUCAAAGUCAGUUCACGGUUAGGAUUCAAUCUGAAGACAAUGGUAGUCCCCCUCUUAGUUUGGUUAAAAAUUUCACGAUCACCGUCAUCGACGUCAACGAAGCUCCAGUGAACAUAACUAUUUCGCCAGCGAACAUAGCUGAAAACAGCGCACCUGGAACAGUGAUCGGUCAGCUUAAUGUCACCGAUCCGGAUAACUAUGGUUCACGUGGCGCAUGGCAAUCUCACAACUGCCAAGUUAUUGGAAAUCAGGUCGGGAAAUUUACAGUUCAAACCAAUUCGCUGGUAGUGGGUAACGCCAAUUUAGAUUACGAGUAUGCUGCUUUAAUACUUGUGCAAGUAAGAUGCUCCGAUAGCGGCUCUCCGCCAUUGUCACUGGCGAAGGUUCUAUCCAUUACAGUUGAUGACGUCAAUGAGGCUCCCACUGGAAUAUCAUUGUCAAGUGACGCCAUAGCGGAGAAUCAGUCUCCAAUGUUGAUAGGUAGGAAUGAUAAUUUAAUUUAAAAAAAUGUAAUGACUGAAUGAUAAUUGCUGUCUUACAUAAAUAAACUUCUUGCCUUCUUUGUGAUUCGACUUCUUAGCUAUCACAAAUCUCCACCGCGGUCAAACGUCAAGGGCGUUUGUUUUGUUUUAUGGGAUUUCAUUCAUCAGGAAGCGUAAACAUGGGCAAAUAUGUAUAAAUUAAUUCGAUUUCGUAACUGUCUUUUCAUAGUUCUCAAGAAUUUUAGCUUUUUUUUCGUGGAAAACGCUUCGCGCCCCGAGUAAAAUCAUGCUGGAUAAUGGAUGAAAACACCAACUUCUGUUUUCAAACAUUUAGAACUUUUUAAUUAAACUUUAAAAAGGUUUAGUAAAUUAACAGCUUGUUGGUAAUGUCUUUAAAACUAUGAAUCACAGAUCUUUCUAGGACAUCACCACGUGACCUAUUCCGCUAUUUCUAUUUCCUGUUGCUGGCCGUUAUCAUAGAAGGACAUCACAAAUGUACGACGUUUAAUGCACUUGGUCAUUCAUAUUUUUACAGUAACGUUCUUCUAAUUAUUUAUUUUUAUCGCUCAUGUUCAGGCUUGUUCUCAACCGCUGACCCAGAUAACGCCAACCAAGUGACAAACAGACAGACAUUUACUUAUACACUCAUGGGGAACACCGCUGGUCUACCUUUUAUAAUCGAUGAUGACGCGUUGAAUUCGACGAGAAGUUUGGAUUUUGAAGUCCAGUCCUCUUGGAUCAUCACGGUCAGAUCAGUGGACAGCGGCGACCCGGCGCUCAGUUUAAUAAAGACUUUCCAGAUAUCCGUUGUUGGUAAGUUAAAGUUUGAAUUAUGCUUGACUACUUUUGCCUUGAGAAUAACUCCUUCGAGGUGUUUGACUAAAUCAGUUUCAAAAUAAAUGCAAGCUUGACGGUAACCACAUAUUGAUUUAUAGGAGUUCAUACAACCUUCUCCUGGAAUUUAAGCCUGCUGAAAUACUUAUCACGUUACCCCUCUCUCCCCCGGAAAGGUUGAUUUAGAUAAAUUACCCACUUGCAAAGAAUGCGGGACUCGACAAGGAACUUGGAAAGGUCACUGACCUUGAGGUAAAUUAAGUUAACGAGGAUCAACUGAAGGUAUUUUCGAGAAGAAACAAUAGUCAAUGACAAGGGAAAUUCAACUGUGAAGCUCUGCCUUUGUUAAAAUGGUGAUAAGGGCCAGCUUGAGUGGUGUUGCUUGAAGGUCUUCGCAGUCUUUUAUCGAAAUAGAGAAAUACAAAAGAUUGACUUAAGGCUAUAGAGGUAUAAGGUUGAUUAGUGUCUGUUUGAAUAUAUUGUCACACUUUGCUCAGUCGACUGUUAAUGCAAAUACUUAUUAAUAAAGUUCAACUCUGAAUUAUUUUUUAUGUUUUAUUCUUUUUCAGAUGUCAAUGAAAAACCUUUUAACAUCACUUUGUCAAAUACAGUUAUAAAGGAAAAUUACCCCCAAGAUGCACUGGUAGGAACUGUGUCCGCACGUGACCCUGACUUCAAUCAAACCCUUGUUUACACUCUGAUUGACGGAGCAGGAGGAAGAUUUAAACUGGAUGGAAAUAAGCUGAAAGUUGCUUUGUCCAACGAUGACUGCCUUAAGAUUGGCGGCGACUUCUGUAAGUUGAAUUACGAGAGACAAAAUACUUACAAAGUAAGCGUGCGAGCUACGGAUAAUGGGAACCCACCUCAAAGCACUGAAGCGUUUCUGUCAAUCACAUUGAUUGACGUCAACGACCGACCACGUAACCUGAAGUUAUCCAGUAACAUGGUUAAAGAAAACGCCACAAUCGGAACAAAAGUUGGUCAGUUUUCCGCUACAGAUGAAGAUACAUCUCAGACUCUUCAGUUUGCUUUAAUCGACAGUGAUGGCGGGUGGUUUGCUGUUGAUUCAUCGGGAUAUUUGUUGAAAGCUAACGGAACAGAUUACGAGACUAACAAGGUUCACAAGAUUGUCGCCCAAGUCAGGGAUAGCGGUAAUCCGCCUUUAGAGGUUAGUGUAUAAAUAUACUCCAUGUUGCCGUGCGUCUGCGCUGUUCAGUUAAUAGAUCACAGAUGACGAAAAUGAAAAUGUGGUUUGACCAAAAAACAAACCUCGUUUGCAGGGUUCUCUUUCUUCCUUCCUCGAAGCAAGAGAGAGAGUGAGAAACCUGGGAACGAUGUUGCAAAAAAGUGGAACACAAGCCGCAGGCGAUUGCGUCGCUGAUAUUUUUAUCACAUAUUGGCUGGGGGACAUCUUCUGUCUUCUGUUACUAAGAAGACGCAUGGAAACAUGGAAUCGAUUCGUUUCAUACAGUGAACAGAAAAAAAAACUCACAAACUUUUCUCGUAGCCCUUUACUAUUCGAGGAUCUUUUACCAGUUUAGGUAUUUCAAGGUCACCAACGCUACACUUCGUGUUGGGUUCUUCUUUUCUUAUUUAUGCUUCUUGUAAACAGUUCAUUCCAACAGUUGUCCAAGGCCGAUUACUUGCUCUUAGCAAAACUGAUAAUCGCAUAAGCUGCGGGUUUCUCAUAGCGGUGACACACGAUCACAACUUUUUUGAAGAUUUCUUCCAGUUUAGGCAUUUUAAAGUCGCAAUGAACUCUAUUUUAUUUCUGCUUUUCCGUUUUUCUUACUUUUAAACAGCUCUUGCUGAUGUUUACUUGCUUAAUCCAGAACAAACUGCAAACACUUUCAAAACCGCGCGCCAUGUUGGACAAAACUUUAAUAGUUCAUGGGCACCGACCAAUCACAGCGCACCUACCAUUCACUUCAUUGUAUAAUAUGCAACAGAAACAUUAUCACCACCAUUUUUUACCAUACUUGGUUCCUUCUGUAGUCACGGUGGCACAAAUUAAGUACAACGAAAGAAACAAUUAAACCAAUCAAUAAAACCCCCAGGAGAACUCUAUUGUUUGGUUCCUUUGUUUCUUUAACUUUGUGAUGACUAUAACUCCAGAAAGACCCCCAUACUUCCUGUAUCUGCAUUUUCUUGAGUUUGAAUGACACUUUUGGGGUAGCAACGAACACUUAUUUUUAGUUGUCGCCAAUUACUGUCUUAAGACACUAAGAGAUUGUUUUUAAAUAAUGCAUUUUGUUGUACUUGCAGAUCAACAAGACGUUUAUGGUUGUUGUGGAAAACAUUAACGAGGCUCCAAUAAACAUUUCACUGACGCCUGAAUCCGGACAACAGUCCUUCCCUGACAAUAUACCCAAGGUGAAUGAAAACUCUAAAACAGGCACAACAGUAGGGACAUUUCAUGCGUUGGAUCAUGACGAAGUUCAAAGCUUAAAGUUCGUUCUAGAUGACGAUGCAAGCGGCAAUUUUACUAUGGGCUCAAGUGUCACCUGCCACAACAACACUUACAUCCCAGGCGUUAAAACAAAGUGUACGACGCUGUUAAAGGUCAGCGGUGAUCUCGACUACGAAACGAGCUCUAGUGAAGAUAUUUUGGUUCGCGUGACUGAUGACAGUGGUUUGUUCCGUGUGCAGCCAUUUAAGGUUACGAUACUAGAUGUUAAUGACCGACCGAAGAAUAUCACUUUGGCAGGUGGAGAUACUGCAUUUAUUGACGAGAACCUUAACUAUGGCUUUGUUGGUGAGUUGGCGACCAUAGAUGAAGAUAUUAAUCAGACACACAGCUACAGUUUGAUAAACAAUGGAGGUUGGAAAUUUAUUCUCCGCCAAAACAAGAUCUUUUCUUCCUUCCAUGCGAACCUGGAUUACGAAACAAAGUCAGAGUAUUCUAUCGCGGUGAGAAGCAGAGACAAUGGUACCCCGAGAUUAAGCAUCGAUAAAACUUUCACCAUUCAGGUUAGUGGUUCACUACAAGUACUGAUCUAAGAAUACUUGCAUGAAAAAAUUGCCCCUGGUAAAAAGCAAGAGGAACGCAGAUGGUAGUUCUCGUCAUCUGUCUGUAAAAGCCACCGGAAAGGAAAGAUUAGAUGCGUCCUCCUUUUCGUUCUCCUACACUAAACACAAUUAUUAUUAAUCUAGGAGACCUUUGUAGUAUCAUGAUUUCCUCAUUCGACAUUUUUGCAAUUAUACGUCGUAAACGUAACUGGUUUGGCAAAAGACAUUGCAGUCUAUCCAGGCGUUAAGAAAAGAUCACAAAAACGGCAUAGCAACCGUCAGGAGUAAAUCAACGCGUCGUUACUUAUAAUUUUUAACAGAAGCUAUAACAAACGCACCAAAAAAAUGUCCACUCUCUUUUCAGGUACGUGACGUCAAUGAACGACCUACGGACAUAAUUUUACUCUCUAGCAGUGUCCAGGAAAAUAGCCCCAGAGGAACGCUGGUCAGUAAAAUUUCGGUUUCAGACCCUGACAAUAAUGGUCCUAGAGGAACCUGGCAAAACCAUACUUGUAGAAUACUUAAUAUCGCCAACAUACCAUUUAUCCUCAACGGGACAUCAAACUCUCUUCUGGUUGCUGGUGAUCUGAAUUAUGAGAAGACAAAAAGCUACAAUAUUGAUCUUCGUUGCCGUGAUAACGGAAAGCCCCCUUUAUCCGUCGACAAGACAGUGCGAGUCAAUGUUACUGACGUCAAUGAGAAGCCGUAUGACAUCACUCUUUCUAAUAACGAGGUCACUGAGAAUGCUGGGAUUGUGACUGUUGGUUGGCUGGAUACCGCUGACCCGGAUAAUGAGCAGACGGUGGUGCAGACGUUCAGUUAUACCAUUGUCAGUCCAGCCGGGAACAUUCCUUUUGUCAUUGUCAGCGACGCACUAAAUACCUCGAGAAGUUUGGAUUACGAGACCAAAACUAGCUGGCUGCUUGAAAUCAAAUCAACAGAUAACAAGGGUAAGCCCAUAUUAAUUUUACAAAAGCAUGAUUUUAUAAUAGACUCCACAUGUCUUGAUCCUGGGCAUAGGUUAUGUACAAGGAGCCAGAGUAGAUACCUUCGAAUGGCCCUUUUGUCGUGCGAGCGCUCCCUUAAAAAUUCACGCGUCAUACUUGGCCUCUAAAGUCAAUUACUCUUUGCGCCUUCGUUCCUUCAGACAAUAGGAAAUUUAGCCUAUACUACCUGUUACCCAGAAAAACUUGAGCCCGUUUCUCGAAAGGUUUGGUAAAUUUUCUGGCCCAAAAUCAAACAAUGAAAUCAAAAUGUAGAGAAUAAAAGCGCAGGUUCUAGUCAACAAAAACCAGUUCAUUUUGUUUUGUUAACUGAUGUUCUAUCAAGUUAUUUGCAAAGCUAUUGAAAUAUCUCUCUUGAAUGUAAAAACCAACUUUCCGGGCCCGUUUAUUAUUGGUAUUUUCGCGAUACGGGCCCUCGUGACUGAAUGAAUUAAGAUCACCUUCAUGUCCUUUAAGUCAGCUCCUCCGUGUGUACUUUAUUUAUUUUCUAUUUACUGUAGGACUUAGUACGACAAAGAACUUCACAGUAAUCGUAAGAGACAGAAACGAUCCGCCCACGGGAAUAUCAGUAAGCCGCCCACUGAAUCUAUCUGAAAACAGUGUGUCCGGGCAGUACCUUGGUACAGUGGUAACCGCUGAUCAAGAUGUUGGGCAGACGUACCAGUAUGAGAUAGUUGACGUGGUUGGACAUGCGCACGGCAACCGCAGGUAUUACCUCAUUGUCGCCAUUGAUGUAUGUUCCUGUCGAAUUGUGCUGUACAAACACCCUGCCCUUUUGUGAUUCGCUGCUCACUUAGUUCUGAACUAUACUUUGCUCAAGGAAAAAUGUCUUAGGCUUCAUGAGAACAACUAAAACCACCUAUCCAGGUCGAUAUCCAAGACGGAACGUUUACGCCCUAAGCUGUUAUGCGAAUAAGAAAUCGUGACCAAUUUGAUUUACUGUUAUACAUUGUACUCACUAUCUGUCUUCUCCUUGGCGAAGUUAAUUUUGGAAAUUGGAAAUCAGCGCAACCUACGGAUUAGUUUGUUUUCUGGUAGCAGUUAACUUACUAACCUGUAGGUUGCGCGCGCAAUGCAUGACUUCAAAGAGUACCUUUAAACUUUGUUCCGCACGACAGUGUGUGUUUGUCGAUAUUUUUUUCAAAAGAAUGAUAAAACAAUUAUUAGAUUCGUUCUUUGCUGAUAACACUUACCUCAAGCUUGAUUCAAUCCAGAUUUAUCUCAAAAACGUCAUCCAAUGAUUGUUUGAUUUUGCUUACCAAUGAUUUGUGUGAUUAAAGCACGGAAACACUAGGACAGAGGGUAGUUCAAAACUCAGUGGCGGACUGAAGAGAGGAAAAUUAAACAGAAGUUCUUCAUCAGUUGGGUUCCUGUUUUGAGAAUGCUUAAGCCCUAUCUUAAACGUCACUUGACAAUGGCUGCUUUUAUAUGUCACAACUUUUUGACGGUUUCCUUUUGUAAUCGGUUAAUUAACAAUUAUUCCACGAGGGCGCGUUGGAUAUGAGAUGAUAGAUAGCCAACGAGGCGCAUAGCGCCGAGUUGGCUAUAAUCAUUUCAUAUCCAACAAGCCCGAGUGGAAUAAUUGUUUUAUUAAAAACACCCACAAAAUCUCGUUGAAUCGCCCCGACUAGAACAAACCGGAAAAGACAAGGGACUUCCGCUAUUGACAUUUCACACGUCUAUCAAAACUGUCAACGCGCGAACCGGGCUCGCCUAGACUGCAUGAAUGAAAAAUCAAAACAUUGUGCGAUGAACAUUAGUUUUUUAAAAACUCAUCGUGAUUCUAGGAUUUUACACAGCAGAACAGCUUAAAAAACCUGGCAGAUAAUGUGAAGGAAAGGAAUUUUAAAGUGACAGCCGUCGAAAGUACUAUGAAUUUGGAUUUUCGGUGCAGCUAUAAAAGUAAGAACAACGGAGAAAAACUACCGGUAUUACCUCGGUCGCUUGUUAUGAAGUUGUUUGAAGCCACAAGCUGGUUUUGCUGAACGAGAAAAGAAGCUAUACUGCCGCCUCGAUUGCUCUAGUGAAUGGCAGCAUAGCCUGUAUUUGUAGCUGGUUACUUGUGAUUUAUAUUCUUGAUGUCGGAUAAACAAGCUGCAGUUAUCUAUCGGCGAGUGACUCAAUCGGCGAAUGGCUUCGCGAUCAUGAAGAAACAACAAUUGUCUUCUUUCGUAGCUGGUCAAGGUACUUUAGUUCCAUGUGUUUUCAUGUGUUUUUCGACAAACUUUCAAACAAGCUCUUGUGGCUUUUUUGUUUGUUUUUGUCUUUUUUCUUUCGUUGAAAUUGCAUUUCUAGUAUUCUAAGAAAUGAAUUAAAACGAUUUGCUUCGGGCGCCGUUCUAUCCUUCGCGAAAAAAAUUUCAGCUAGCUUCCAAUUUUAAACUGACGCGAACACCGACCAUAUAUGGAGAACAUGGUAUAUUAGCUCAUAUACCAUAACGGCUAAGCCAAUCAAAAUGCUAGAAUUGCAUUAUCCAAUGAUUCAGUUUUUAAUAAUGAUAAAUAUCCAUCAUCAUUUAUGUUUCUCGUUUUUUCCACGGUAGUACUUCUGGUCUUCUUAACCUUUUCGCUGUUGAUUCGCCAUCUGGAAAAGUCACUCUUCAAAAGUCUGGACUAGAUUACGAGCAGUAUGCAAAAUAUACAGUGACCUUGAACAGCACAGACAGCGGUUUUCCUCCUUACUCAGUGACAGGCUCGUUUGUGGUCAGCGUGCAUAACAUUAAUGAAAGUCCACAAAAUAUCUCGCUGAAUAACAACCAGGUACAAUAGCUUUAUUGUGUUAGCUCAGUUAGUACGCGCACUUUGAUUGGUCGGUUUAGCGGGCCGUAUUUCACGUAUACUCAAGAGAACAUUUUAAAUCUGUUCUUUUUUAAAAGUAGUUUCGGACCAUAGGAAGCAUCACUUUUUACAAACAUUGCUUUUGUUAUUCAAAUUUUUCACGAGUAAAACAAAAGAAUCUUUUGAUUCAACAACCAAUUCUCUUCUGGUUGGCAUAUCAUCGUCAUUACAUCAGCGUGAGUGUCGCUAUAAUGAGUAUUUUAACUGUUAGAUGAAUGUGUUUGACUACUCAAAUCAGACAAAUCCACGACUUUAGACGCUCGUGUUAAGGAUUUGACGCACGUGGCUCAUCAACGCCCGCCCUGCUUUCGUUGAAAUCCUCGUGUGAGUUUCUUGUAAGGGAUAUAGGGGCUGAAUUUUUGGACCCUCUGCUUUUCAAUAUCAUUAAGAUCCUCUUUGAUUCAAGAUAAACUCAAAACGUUUUAGCUUAUUUUGUAACAAGGUUUCCCUUCAUAUUUCAGGUUCUCGAAAAUAGUCCUGUUGGUACAGUUAUCGGUAACUUGUCAGUGUAUGACCCUGACAAUCUUAAUGUGCCACUACAAAAGUUCAACUGUGUUGUGGAAGAUGGUGGACCCUUUAAAGUAAGUUUAGUAGUUAUUACGUGGUUAAGGAAUUAUUGAAACCUUUCUGUGCAAGCUGUGGCAAAGAGGUAGAGAGAAUAGUAUCACGUAUUAGUAUAUUAUACACACUCAGUGAUCUUGGUGUUUCAAGCAAUCUCAUUGGUUCGCUGUCUCGGAUUAUGACGUUAUAUUGACCGCCUAACGCGGAGAAUAUAUAAAUUGAAAGGAAAUCGCUAACGUGAACCAGUGUUUUUCCAAAGCUCUAGAGUAAGAACGUUUCAAAACAAGGGAUGGCGCAGCGAUGAGAGCAUUGGCCCCCCACCAAUGUGACCCGGGUUCAAAUCCCAACUUCGACACUAUUUGUGGGUUGAGUUUGUUGUUGGUUCUCUCCUUUACUCCGAGAGGUUUCUCUCUUCAAAUGUGUACUUCAGAAAAUAUCCUUCUCUCCCCCACUACGGAGGGCACUUUUACUUUAGACCCCCACCCAACCUCUGGAAUUUCCAUUCCAGGGGGUGCUUGUCAAACCCCGUCUACUCUCUGGAAUUUGCGUGAUUUUCCAUCUUGGUUGGGUCUCCCCUGGAAAGAAUGUUUCCUUUUAAAAUGAUGUUGCACUACCCUAUUAUGCAAAAUUUAAUUGUUUCUGCGAUAAAGUGAGAAAAAAAAUCUUUUUUUUCAUGUUAAUACAAUCAUUGUCCUUGUAGAGGUCCGUUCUUAGCUAGUAAUUAACGGUAAGCCACUGUUGAAGAACCAUGGAGGCGAUAACUUACACAACUUACACUACACGAAUAAUGCCAGCUAUAAAGAACUAGGCACAUUCAAACUAAACACGAGUGAACUUCAACUAAUUUUUUUUUUCAGUUAAAACAUUGUAGAAACUGGAAGUUUAUUCAUGAGUCGAUGGCAAUUGUAUCGCAUUAAGCAGUGAAAAAAUCAUUCAGCCGUCCAGAAUUAAAAGGUCAUCAAUGAAAACAAUAAUUCUUGUUGUGAAACACCGGUUAACAGUAAAAGAACUGAUAGCUUUCCCAAUAACUCACCAAUCUUACCCGGAAUCCACGGAAAAAAACCUCGAAAAGCCACCCCCACCCCCUCGGAAAUUACCUCCUUUUGGACCCCCUCCUCUCAGAAUUUCCGUUGCCUUCCGUGCGGAGGGUAUGGAUAUUUUCUUGAACUACCCAAUUCCAAUUCGACCAGGAGAUUUAGACGAAGAACCGCUACAUGGAUGUUUGUUUGUUAAUUUUUAUAUAUUUGUCUAUUUAUUAACGCUAUGGCAAAAAUGGGCAAUUUACGUAUCAACCUCGACAAAGGUGUGACAUGAACCAAAAACAUAACAAUUACAGUGCCAGAACAGGUCCACCUUGAUUUCAGAUUUUCCGUUCCCACGAAAGAUGCGUACUGAACAGUGAGUUCGAAAUAGAAGACAAAGAGUGGGCGUUAUCAAUGCCUUUCUGUAAUAAGUAGACUGUUUAUUUUUGCAGGUCGAUAAUCAUUUGACUCUGGUGGUAUCUGAGAACUCUUUGGAUUAUGAAACCAUCGACACAUACACAGUUAACGUGAGUAAACUACAAAUAACCGUUUUCUUAAUUUUGUCUAUGUAACACUGUUACAAAUACUUUUUGUCCAAAGGAAUUUACUUUUUCCAUGGUAUAAGCGAAAUUAAUAUACUACAAAACAUACUCAACUGUGAGCUUGACGUUAACUUUAACACGAGUAAAAUAACAUAAAUUUCUAGACAUAUUGUGAUCAAUGGACUGUUUCUUCUUAUGGGCUACUGAAGUACCAUUUACAGUUUGCCUCAUUGUCAAAAAGGCGUGGAGAAAUCCUUGACUCAUUGACUCAAAUCCCUGAUUACCCCUGAGUCCAAAAAUAGUUCAAACCUAAGUUCUCUUUCACUUCAUUUAUACUGUUUAAGAUGAAUCGAUGUGGUCUUCAUUUUCCUGACACUUGAAUUUUCUCUCUUAGGUUACGUGUACUGAGCUCUUGUCCAAUCCCCUCUCCGUCUCUUCAGUGUUCUUUAUCAAUGUCCAGGAUGUAAACGAGGCUCCUUACAAUCUGACCAUCUCGUCCCAGUCUGUGAGCGAGAACCAAGUUACUGGUUACUUCGUGGGCAUGCUCAGUGUUCUCGAUCCUGAUUUACCGGUAGGCAACUGAUGUACACGGGUUUCUCACUGAACCGCUUUCGUACUAACUUUGGGGAGAAGCUCAGCAUUAGAGAUCUGUAGAUUCUGAGACGAGGACGACUACGAGGACGAGAUUUUCUCAGGAGCUGGACUAAGUAGCGCUCGCGCGUGAGCCAACGUCAUUUUGGCGGGAAAACGAGAUAGCUGUCGUCAUUCCAUUACAAGGUUUAGCGAGAAUGUCGUGGUGGCGGGAACAAGUUAUCAAAUUUUAGAAGUUUAAUCAUUUUGCGACCGGGAAGGGGCUAAACCUUCUCCAAUAAAAAUAACCGCACAAAUUUUUCCGGUGAAAAAUAGUACUAUGAAGCUUCCGGGUUGAAUAUUUUUCGAGAAUACGCGAAAAAACUUUAAGUUUAAUCUCGUACCAGAAGUCGCCUUCGUCCUCAAAUCUAAAGCUCUCUAGUAGCUGGAGCAUCUGGACUACUAGUAACCAGAGGCUCAAAGGUUCGACUCCUGUCCGGAGUACUCGGAUUUUUUCUUACAAGCCUCCUGGGUCAAUUCUGAUUUGGGUACAAGAUUAUAAAAGCACUGAAACGCUGCCAAAAGAGAUUCCAGGUUGUACCUUUUGCUUCCUUUUCUUCUUGAGACCCAUAAAGCUCUUGAACGCCCUUCAUCUACUAUGGUCAGAAACGAUUUGGCUUGGUGUGGAAAUGCGCGAUGUGCAGGGCUUGCGCCGUCAUGUCUCCACUUUUUCCGAGCUUCGCGUCUUUCUCUUGUUAGAGGUGAAAAAAUGGCGACCGUUUCGCAGCGCUACGUUUUCACCCGGGUUCGCUGGAUUUGAAGCCUAUUCAGUUUUCCUCAGAAUAGCGCAUUUUACGGUUACAGGUUACGAGGCUAGAGUUGACCUUGUUUUGAUACACUUCUUCCUGCUUUAUUCUGUAAAUCAUGCUCUUCUUAUGCCAACUAACAUUCUUUAAGCAUAAUCUCUAUUAGAGAUGAAAAGAGGUUUGUAUCAAAACAAGGUCAACCUCGGCCUCACGUUGACUCAAAAGCUAGGACACUAAGCCUCUCCCUUUAAAUGGUAACUUUCUUUCUCUUCUUUACGUAGACCAGCGGAUUUGCCAGUAUAUCCUUGGCUUUGAGAGAUCAAUCACCAGGCCCAGAUGCCUUUCAAUUAAUAAACAGCAGUCUGGUGACUACAAGGAUGCUUGAUUUUGAGAAUCAAAGCACGUACACGCUGACAGUUGUUGCAACGGACAGCGGUAACCCACCUCUCAGUACCAGUCUCUCCUUCACGAUCCAGGUAUGGAUGAAUGAUCAUUCCUAAGCCACAACGAUAUGGUGUUGGAAUCUAUUAAUUACAGGUUUUCAAUAUUUUGAGGACUACUCCUAAGGCUCUCGACAGAAGAGUUAUGAGACUUGGUUUUGACGAAAGCCUUGCGCUCAAAACAUCGGCUCUUUAAAACUGUAUUUGCCUUAAUUAAAUAUCAGAUCUGAUUUUUUGGGAGCUCACUUAUCUACUAACGCAUACCAUAAUUACUUUCAGAGCUUUACCCGUUAGAAUCCAGCUUCUUAAAAGUAUAAGGAAAAAUAAACACGAUAUCGAGCACAAAAAUUAGGGCAUUUGGGACUACCGACUGCUAACUUUGAAGUCAUUCUCCAGGCGUAAAUUUCAUACCUUCAUUUACUUCUGUUGCUUAUUUGCACGUGAAGUCAUGGCGGCCAUAUUGGUGAACAAGAACAAAAGCAUUUCUCUCCGCUGAGAACUAAACGCCAUUUACAUGUAACGCUCGAAAAAAAAUUAUUGCAUUGACCACCAACAUGGCCGCCUUGUCACGUGCUUGCAAACCAACAAUAACUUAAACUAGUGCGAUUAUGGAACCGUUCGGCUGGGAAAGAAAUGACAAGCAUCACCACUUCGCCGAAACAUACUGAUACUUCUUUCAUUUGCAGAUCACGGUGCUCCUCUAAUUGUAAACAAAUUCAUGAUGAAAGUAGCGACAGAACUGAUCAGGGAAGACCAGGGUUGGGUGAAAACGGCUUCUUGUCUCUUUACCCCGUCCCCAGUGUACAUCACCGGGGCUUUCUUGUCAUCAGACUUCGCCUAUCGCUCAAAAAAUAAAAAGAUAAAAAAGCGGUUAAAUAAAGAGGUCUUGAUGCAGAAAAGAGAAUGAUAGUAUUCAAUGUGCGGUGCAAAGCGUUUGUACCUUUUAAUUGUGGUAAUGGAAUCCCUUUGUUGCUACCUUCAUUGUCAAUAUGCUUAAUUACGGCAGAAAGCUUAUUGUGACAUAUUACCUGUCUUCUAUUCUGGUGAUAUUCAAGGGAGUGUUCAAAUUAUGAAGGUAACUUUGAUUUCAUUUUAGGUAAUUGACACAAAUGACCGGCCCACCGGAAUAAGUCUUUUGUCAGACGGAAUCUACGAAAAUGCUACCGCUGGAGCAGUUGUUGGCGUAUUGCGGGCUCAAGAUCAAGAUGUCAAUCAAAGUCAUUUCUUUACUGUCAACGAUACAGGUUAGUAAGGGGCCGACCAUUUGACUUUUUAGCGCGGUAUGGGUGAUUUUGUUUGGGUAAGAACUUUUUCUCAAACCUCUGGUGAUAGGUUUUUUUUUUCCUGACAUACAAUGGUGUAAGAUUUUUUUUCCAGCAUUAUACACCAUGAAAGAUAUUUUUUCAUUGUAGGAAUUACUUUCCCAGGUAUUUUUUUACAAGGCUUUUUUUUCCUGGAAAUCAGACUGCGGGAUAUUUUUUUUCUGAAAUGACGCAUACCACCUCCCUGCCCCGCCCCCUCCCCCCAAUUCCCGCUCAAAAGUCAAAUAGUCGGCCCCUAAGCGUUAUACACACGUUAACAACCAUUUAAAAUUGAACAAACAUUUUUGGAUCAAUUAAUGAAUCCAUAUCACUUAUGCACAACAACCUUAUACUAAGGAAGCUCUUGAAGUCUCUGCUGAAGGCAAAAAUUGAUUCUUGCUUUUUUUCAGAUUGGUUUACUGUCAGAGGAAACAACUUGCUGUUGAGCAACUUUUCAUUAGAUUAUGAAACAACACCAGAAAUUAAUGUAACCAUUGAGGCUACUGAUAACGGCUCCCUUCCAUACUCCAAAGAGGUUUGUUUCAAUGCUUUCUUGUUUGAGUGUAGUUCACCUAGGCAUAACAAUUAUACAGAGUAACAAAGUAAAUCUCGUUGAGGAAGGUCUGUGCUCGGUCGGACAAGAGCUAACGUUUUUUGUUGUAACAAUCUUGCAAAUGAAUACUCCCUAAGACUUUGGAUCUAGGAGCCAUGUAAGGCUCUAUGUUGUUCUGCAUAUUAUGUUAAUUAAAAAACUCAGAUAAAUCUAUUAACUUUCCAAUACAGGACGUUGUGAGUAUCAAAGUUCUCGACAGCAACGAUCGGCCGUCAGAGAUAAUCUUAAACUCGUCUCUCUCGAUACCCGAUAAUGUGACGUACACAGUUGUGAUUGCCGAGAACAGCCCGACUGGAACCUCGCUGACAAAUCUGAGCGUCGUCGAUGAGGAUGUAGGGCAGCAACAUCGCUGUAUGCUUCUUGAAGGAGGAAAUAACUUUAACAUCAGCUCCCUUUCUAAGUCGUCCUCAGAGAUUCGUGUCAAACAAGGGGCUAACUUGGACUAUGAAAGUCUCAUGGGGACUCCAUUACAACGUAUGUAUCGUUCUGUAUAAGUUCAUAUUUUUGUGAGAAAGCUGCCGGCAGCUUCCGCUAACUUUGAACCAACGUCGUUCUCAGGAUCGGGUUAGGGGCUGGAACUUAGUUAUUGUUAUGCAGUCGAACCUCAAGUCUAUGAUGUGCGACCACCUCCCAUAAGCGACCGGCCUAUCCAAAAUACCAUAUUUUCCCCAGUGAAAUCACUACAGUUGGAACCUCCCGUAAGCGAUCACUGAACCUUCGCGUAUUGGGUGGUCGCUCACGGGAGGUUUGACUAUAGCUGGCUGAUAACUAAGACUCGGUUAACAAUCAGGAAGCUUGAAAAGCAAUAAACGAGGCAAAGUGUUUAGCAACUGAUGGUUGUAGAUUCUAAGUGAUUUUAUAAACAGACAUACAGAUUUUAUAAACAGACAUGGAAUCUCUCCUAACGGACACUCUUAUAAGCGGAUCACAGCUCUGUUUACGGCCUCCUUUACAAACCCCCUUUUUCUCAACUCCCAAACGAACUUUGUAUUUUUACAUUCCCGUAAGCGCCUCAACUCUAGUUAUGGACAUCUUUUUCCCGUCCCGAGGGUGUCCCGCGCUCACGAGAGAUUCCACUGUAGUUCAGUUUAACAGUCUUGAUUCGAACUCACGACAAACUGAAUUCUGGUUUUCUAUCAAACAGUUACUGUCAACUGUGUUGACAAUGGAAAUCCUCCAUAUUCCAUUCAACGAAAUUUCAGCGUUCAAGUUUCUGAUGUGAACGAGGCGCCGUUCGACCUUCGCUUUUAUGGUGCUACGGUCAUACAGGAAAAUAUUCAGGUCGGUUACAUCGUAGGAAAUGUCACGUGCAAGGAUCCGGAUAUUGGGCAGAAGCACAUCUUUACAGUCAUUGGCAAUUACUCGUCUGUCUUCCAGGUAAAAAUGCAUUUUGUUAUUGUUGUUGGUUUUUCUUUCAGAAUGAGUAGUAGUAGUAGUAAAGUUAAAGAAGUAGUAAAGUAGUAAGUAGUUAAGAAAUAUCGCGCACUCUGAUUGGUUGAUGCUUUAUGAGAGUAUAAAACAUUCUGGUAACACUCUCGUUCGCUUUGAAAAUAAAAUGAAACUCCUAUGGACGUCAAUAAACAGUUUGUUUUGAAAAUUAGAAUGUAGUGCGUGGGGAAUUUAACGGAUUCUUUAUCAUAAAACAAAUGUGGAAGCCUUGCCCGUGCUCUGUUGUGUGGUAAAAAAAAUUAAAAAUUAAAUUAAAUUAAUUGUAUUUAAGCUCGAUAGCGUGAGGAGUGGUUGCCCGAUCUCCCGAGCCAGGGGCUCAUGUAUUAAACGCUCGAUGAACAAGCGCAGAAAUUCCAUAUUGAUGACGUGUUACCACCAAGAUGUAGUAUAGUGCUUUGAUUAGUUAAAGCAAAUUUCCCUUGCGGCACGCCGGACCAAUCGAAAGCUAGUGACACGUCAUUAGUAUGGAAUCUCUGCAGUCGUUGCUCAGACGUCACUUGGCGCGAAAACCAAUGGCGGCAUCGCGAAAUGUCGGUUGUUUCUCAUGUUAAAGGAGAAGUUCAUUCCAAAAUAACAGUUAUUUUAUUUUCACCGACAAAAAGAUUAUACAAAGGUUGGUUACUCACCUAAAUUUCAGCUUCGAAAGAGCUUUCCAAACCUAUCAAAGUCUCGUCUAAAGUAGCCUGAAAUUCGAGAUCUGGGGCCGCCGUCUUGGAGAACUCCUAGCAGCAUGUUGACGAGUACGUGACGUCAAUCUGAGUUGGCUGAAAGAUUAAAUCACUCAAUAUUUCUUUUUUCUUCGCUUCGGAUUGUUUUUUUUUUGUGGACAUAACCUCUUGUGCAGCUCCGUAACGAAGAAACAAGAAGUUGUGAGUGAUUUGACAAACUUAGGUUGAGCGCGUUGCCGUAACACACUUGUCACCAAGCUGCUAAGGGUUCUCCAAGAUGGCGGCCCCCAGAUCUCGAAUUCCGGGCUUCUUUAGACUAGAAUUUCAUAGGAUUGGAAAGCCCUUUGGAAGUCGUAAUUUCGGUGAGUAACCUACCUUUGUAUAAUCGUUUUGUUGGCGAAAAGAAAAAAUCCUGCCAUUUUGGAAUGAACCUCGCCUUCAGUCCUUCAUCGGAAACCUGAUUUUGAACCGCAUUUGAGUGACAAUCGUAUUCAAGGGGUUAAAAAUUAAGAUUUUAUCACUUAGGAAAGUAAGAAGAACAUAAAUUCUCAAUUCUUUGUUGGAAUGAAUUUUUUCCAGGUUAACAACAGUGGAGACCAGCUCUAUGUUAUAAAUUCAUCAUUCUUAGAUUAUGAGGCUUUACAUGUGCCUGCAGUGCUGAUGGUCAAAAUUCAAGCUACAGAUGUACCAGUGGAACAAACAGGACCUCCACUUCACGUCAUUAGUGACGUCAAUAUCAGUGUUGUUGACGUCAAUGAACCACCAACUGACAUCCGAUUAAUUCCUAAUGAUAUUUCCAUUCCAGAAAACGUUUCGAUCGGUUACUGUAUCGCGCAGAUCACAUCCAGUAACCCUGAACGCAGCCAAAAAAUAAAUUAUACACUUCUGCAUCAUCAGGACACGUUUGCUAUCAAAGAUUCCUGUGACGACAAUUCUUCUGUAGUCAAUGACGCAAAAGGGGACCUGCCCUACCUGACAGUUAAAUCGCAUCUCAGUUAUAACCACUACCGUAUCUAUGAGGUUCUUAUUGAAGCGGAAGAUAAUGGAAUUCCCCCGCUAUCGUUUAACGGCACCGUUGACGUUAACGUGACCAAAAUUGACCCUUGCUGGUCGUCUCCGUGUCAAGAGAAUUCCAAGUGCAGACGCGUUGAUUGGCAGAAUUACACAUGUCCAUGCAACGUGGGAUACUCGGGUGACGGUCGUGUCAACUGUUCUGAAAUAGAUGAGUGUCAGUCGAGCCCGUGCGGCAAUGGCACGUGUCAUGAUUACGUGAAUUAUUACAACUGCACGUGCCCCAGGGGAUAUCAUAAUGGAACGAGUUGUUCGAAUAUGAUUAACUUCUGCCUGUCGAACCCUUGUCAAAACAACGCUACAUGUCUGAUGUACUUAAAUGGAUACAACUGCAGCUGUGUGAUUGGUUUUACAGGUCUGCAUUGUGAAAUAAAUAUAGAUGAUUGUGCGAGUGAGCCUUGUGCGGAGGGGGUUUGCUUAGAUGGAAUCAACCAAUUUACUUGCAACUGCAGCGGCUCUGGGUUUUUUGGGACGCGAUGCCAAAGAAAACCUGGUGUUUGUUUAGAAGAGUCGUGCCAAGAUCAAGAAAUUUGCGUCCCACCAAACGCGCUAAAAUAUAACUCCUUUUAUUGUAUAUCCGUUGACAACAUUGUCUCGUUGAGUUUCCCUGAAGGAGUGGAUACUGCAGACCAGCAGUGGCAGCUGCAACUUGAGAAUUUCACGGGGUCACUCACAUUUCCCAUGACGGAGGUAAGAAAUGAUCAGUACGAUUCUACAGAUGUCAAUGCAGAAGACAUUUAUAUCAUUAGUCCAAAACUGGAACGCGCCUCCAAAGCUAAAAGAAGCGCACCAAUUGAGAGCAAUACGGUGGACUUUGUCAUUCUUGUCAAAUCAGACGAUAAACUUGUGGGCGUUCCAAAGAAGACUGUUCUGUGCAGUAUUAACAAUACUUGCAGUGCAUCCGCGAUGGAAGAAUCCCCAGAUAAUUUUAACUACCAGCUUUGUGAGGCUACCGCUCGGAGAGUUGAUUAUUUAGGUAUUUCAAGCUGCGUUGCUCAAGAAGCUGAGGACUCGCCCUUAACGGACAACAAGCAUUUCAUGAGUAAACGCAUGUAUUAUGUUAUCGGAGCAACCGGGGGUCUCCUAUUGAUUGUACUUGCGGUAUCGCUGCUACUCUGCCGAAGGAAUAGCCUAACCGCAAAGGAGCGCAGACUCAUCAGAAGCCAGCGGUUAAGAGACAACACUGACGACGAAACGUACACCGAUGUCAUGUACAGGCAUCAUAUGGCCAAUCAGGAAAUGGAAACUGCGGCAAUAAACCCGAUAUAUGGCACCACUGAAGAGGAAGCGAACAUCACUAUGUUGGACAACCCAAUCUACCAGGAACCUGGUCGAAAAUAUGGCACACCCAGCGUGAAGCGAUCUGAAUCAACAACUGGAUUUGAAAAUCCAAUGUACUCCCGAUUCAGGCCAGGAAAGGAGAAAGAAGAAGAAGAAGAAGAAGAAGAAGAAGAAGAAGAAGAGGACGAUUUCAAAGAGGAAAAGGAUGGUGCUAAGCCUCCCACCGGUUUUGCCAAUCCCAUGUUUUCACUUUACAGACAGGUAGGACUAUUUUUCUCGUUUGCUUUGAAUGUGAUCACAAUAAAGGUUAUACAGUAACACAUUUUUACAAACAGAUCUCUUUUAACGGACACCUCACACACUCCCUAAAAGGCACUUCCUUUUGACUCUCAUAUGAUAGUGAUAAUGAUAUACAUAAUAAUAAUUAUAAUAAUAAUAAUGAUAAUGAUAACGAUAAUAAUAUUAAUAUUAAUAUUAGUAAUAAUACAGUCAAACCUCGCUUUAUGGACACCCGCUCAUUAUUACGGACCGUUUUCUUUGUCCCUGGGGAAAGAAAGCCCUUACAUUUUCUCUAAAUUCAACCCGCUAAAUACGGACUCUUUCUAUGAAUCCCCACUGUCCGUAUUUACGGAAUUUGUCUGUAAUAAUAAUAGUGAUAAUAAUAAUAAUGAUGAUGAUGGUGGUGGUGGUGUUGUGAACAGGGCAUUAGUUAAAUAAAUCACGUGCUUUAAAAAUUAUUUCCAUGCUUGCCAAUAGCAAAAGACGGAAGCUGGCGCAAGUGGGGACGGGAAUACGCUCUACGCUGUACCGGUCAAGCAGGAAAAGCAAGCUGACAAAAACACAGGAGCACCGACGUAUGAGACGCCAAAGAAAAAAGAGAAACCUUUCAAUGAAGAACCACAAGUUGUUGAAGCAUGCGGUUUCUUCAAUCCUCUUUACCAGACCCGAACGCAAGUGGAAGAAUUUACGGACAUCACCAGUAUUUUUGUUCCACGCAGACCUCAACCAGAGAAAAACCUUGACAAGGAACUGCCUGGAGAAAGUGACUGUUAAGAUGAGGGCUCGGAUUUAUAAUGAGUAGGUUACAAAUAAUAAGAGAUGUAGGUACUAGUUGCACCAUCUCUGCGGUCUGUUCAGAAUGUCUGCGGAUCAAAUGUCACCGUUGACGGCGGUCAGAGGAGAAAAAAAUUUCAAAAAAACGGUUAAGUACUGUAAAGCUAAGGAUGCCAUUUUAAUUGGUCUCUUCCGUUCCUUAUAUUUGCGAAACAGUUUGACAGUUUGCUAGGAAAAUUUUUAGUGUUGAAGAAAUUAAUCAAGCGAUUUAUGCGGGCGUAGAGAAUUUUUCUCUGGGAUUAAGAAAAUCCUCUGUUUUAAUUUGAGAAAAGAUAUUUGUACACGUACCGUUGCCAAUAUUUCCACUUCAUGGUGAAUGAAACGCUACUUAAUAACAAGAAUAUCUCCUUAGACCCGUUUUAGCUGUAGUUUUUUUGGACUCGGCCGAAAGUGACGGCAAUGAUUAUUUGGACUCGUCCGCACGGCAUAGAUAACACUUCCGGUCCUGUGUUUGUUUUGCGACUGUGCUUUAAUAGACGAUUUAUGACCGCUUUCGCGAGCAUAAGAGCGACAAAACUAUCACAUAUCAACAAAUAUCAACACCGUCCUCAUGUCUGUGAGGUUUUUCGUUGUUUUUACUGUAGCAGCCACCAUAAAGCGCAGUCCGCAACGCAAUUGAGGAUGGUAUGCCUGUGUUACGUACAGACCGCCGAGAUGGUGUGCACAGCGAGGAGUUCUCGCUAUCUCUCGCUUUUGGCAAUUGUUUUAGUCUUAGUUUAAACGCUUGUUUUGUUCUUUUUUGGAAUUGUUUGCUAGUGUUAGUUUCCUUGGGUGACGGCACUCACUGACAACACAGAAAACAGUAUCAUCUGAAGAGCAGAAUUUUAUGUUCGUUUGACUCAUAAGUCACCUUUUUUUAUUUGACAGAAAGAACAACUAUUGCAUAAACGACAAGCAAAUUUUGAGAUAUCUUAGUUGUCGAUCCGUUUGUUUCAACUUUGGGGGUUGAUUAUAUUAGCUGGGCUUCCUCGCUUUACCUGAGGUGACUUUUGACCAGGCAAUACAUACGGAGCCGCCAUGUUUACAGGGAGAGUGAAAGCUGUGCGCAUGAACAGUGUAUUACCCCGCUGUCCUGUUGCUAGCGAACAGUAACAGUCAAGCCCGGUGAUCUCGGAGCUGGCGUCCCAAUACCGGUAUGCUGGCUAACCAGGCUGGGCCUUUUGUCAGCUAAUAAUCACUAAAUUGAUUUUUGUUGUGUUGAAUUAACUAGCCGAAAUCUUAACAUGGCAAAGCAAGCCAGCCCGAGUGGCUCAUGUAAUCAGUCCCAAUAUAAACAUGAUUUUGAAUUUUAUCAAUCCAGCGAGUUAACUUGUUCAUCUAGUAUCUAUAAUCUUGUCGUUGUAAUUAUAACGACCAAAAAAUACACGAGUCUUAACGAAUCAAAAAAGGUGAUAAAUCGGGAUAUAUUGUACGCUUUUUAAGCAGUUUUAUUUUUGUAUUUUUUUACUUAUUAUUUACGUUACAUAGGACGAUUUUCUUUCUCUGGAGGGAAAUACAAAGAAAGCAAAGAGAAUUACAGAUAAUUGAAAUUUAAUUGUUAAUUUUAGAGACACGUUCGUCGUCUUUGAAUUUUGCCCUGCCCUGAUCCAUUCAUAAUUACAUGUAAUUCAAGGCAUAACGAAAUUAUCUCUGAAAGUAUUACGAAUAAGAGUUGAGAUUUACACUAAGAUAUUUCGCAAAUUCCCAGGAUACGCGCACAUUCGAAAAUUAAUUCAAGGGUUUAUUUUUGCAUUCUUGUCGUGUUCAGAUAAAUUUUCGGACACUUGAUUUCCUGAGAUACUAUGAAUUUCGGUCGCGACCACAAAAGCUGUUUGAUAAAAACACAGCCCAAUAAAGCAUCUUAAGAUACUCGACUAUCAAACCUUGACUUGUGACUGAGGUUUAAGUUACAAUGAUUUAAUGAGGAUUUGCAUAUAAGGAAUGCAACGAAUUGGUUCAUAAAAUUUAAUGCUGCAAUGUUGUGCCCCGGUUAUGUACUUAGCUGAUUUCGGCAAUUUAUCGUGCUUUUGGUACUUAAGAUUGGAAAAACCUGUGCAGUAAGAGCUUGUUCGAAUUUUCUGUCUUAGGUGGGUUUUCUUCAGGAAUUUUUCAUUAACAAAUUAUGAUACUUAAUACAGUACCUUUGUUGGCAUACGGGCAGCUUUAUUAAAUAUAUUGUAUAUAUUUUUGCUAAUUUUUAAAUCAAUAAAUCUCCUUAAAAGC